AUGAAGAACCCCAUCACUGAGGAAGAGCAAGAUGAAGCUGCAGCUGUGGCCAAGUCAACACUUGCUGAAAGUCUAGGCAGUUUGGUCAUUGUCAGCUACGAAGACUGCCCCUUUGUAGGCCAGGGGCUGACGGUGAUUGGGAAGAAAGUGCAGGUUACUUAUAUGCAGCAGCAUGGAGUGUGGAAUGUUUUUGUCUGGCCCUCUGUGCCAGACAUGACCUAUUAUACUAUGAAGGAGAUGUGAAGUCAAUGAUCAAUGAGGCCGAGACCUUCAGUUCAAGAGCAUCUAGGCAGUCCGAUACAGACUGGCCUGCUUUCUGGUCACACUAGUGAAACGACAUCAAACACACCGUUUUAAGAACUUUUAUUGUCCUUUAAUGAGUUUGUUACAACUUUUGCUACAAAGUGAUAAUUUCUUUGUCUUAAUGUUUGAAUCUCAUGAAUUUAAACGUUUUAUUUUAAUCUUGCAAUGUUCUGAAUCCUGUUUUUAGAAGUUCAUGAUCAAAUGUUUCAGCGUAAUAAUUUGAGUCCCAUUAUUUUGUAUUUUAUUAAGCAUUAAAGGCAUCGUUGUUGACUAAGAAACCAUGUUUACUCUUAAUGUGUGUUUUGAGUUAUCUGCCUAAAAUGACACCAUAACAAAAUAGUUAUGCUGUGCGACCAGCAAUUAUAAUUUGUUACAACCAGUGUUUUUUUUUUUUUUUUUUUAAUGUAAAACAAUUAAAUUAUGUUAUUGUCUCAUGCAGCGAGAAGCUCAGUCUAUAAGAGAAAAGCAAUUAUGUAAUCUGGCUUCCAUUUAUUUAACAGAAGUUGUAGUUGACAGUCAUUCAAAAUGAGGGGUCGUCCAGUGAAAAAACAAAGAUUUAUUAUACUGGAACUUAACUUCUUUAAUGUUGAAUAUUUUAGACCGUGUGUGUGUGUGUGUGUGUGUGUGUGUGUAUUAAUAUUUUACUCUUUGCUUGAAGUAAUGGUCCGAAAACAUUUGUUUUAUUCAUGGUUCGACCGAAUGACUUUUUUUUAGGUCAAUUUAACAAUCGCAUAAAUACUUAUCAACAAUUUUUUUGCGACAAACCCUGACCGUGCAUAGGUAACACUCAAGGGAACAUAUAAAGUGUUUAAAAUGUAAUCGUUUUCCCAUUUCUAAUUUUUUCCUUUUUUAAAACCUUGUACGUCAUUGACCCUUUAUGUAAAUGUUAUAUUUCAGUGUUCUAUUUUGAAUAAAUGUGCUUUGUCGUUAUGGGGUAUUGCGUGUAGAUUGAGGAGAAAACGCUAUUUAAUCUAUUUUAGAAUAAGGCUGCAACAUAACAGUGGAAAAAGUAAAGGGGUCUGAAUACUUUCCGAAUGCACUGUAAAUCGGUAAUCGGUGACUUUUGCCUCCCUAAAAGCAGUAUCGGACCCAAACAUCCCAUAUUGGUUCGGCUCUAGUGUUUUUCAUUCAGUUAAGUGUUUGGGAUCUUUCCUACAGGCAGCCGUGUGAAAUCCUGGAUGUACAGUCUCCCCACCAUUCCAACGGGCCGGUCAACGGGCACGCCAAACUUCAGAUGGACGGGGACUCCAUAGUCAUCAGUGACAGUGACGAGGACACCUCCAAAACCCCCAAAUCAAAGGCCAAUGGGUCAGUCCGUAAGAUAUGCAAUUCAAGGUUGCAUCUGAAAUGUCACCCUAUUCCCUAUAUAGUGCACUACUUUUGACCAGAGACCCACGACCCUGGUCAAAAGUAGUGCACUAUGUAGGGACUAGGGUGCCAUUGCGAAUGCACACAGUCUUUAUCCAUGUUGGCUUUGAUUAAAAACCUUUUGGCUCUUCUCCCCUUAUGUCUAAAGGAAGAAGAAGAAAUCUGUCAACCCAUCUGUGUUUAAGUACAAAGUGCGGCCCAUCAAGGAAGGCAGUGAACCCAUAUUCACCAAGGCUGGUCAGAUGAGGUGAGUCGUGAGACUAACCUACGUCCACUGACUGACCGACCAUGUACAGUUACUAUUGUGGUACAUUUCACAAUACAUUUGCCUUCCUGCUAAGCAGUUUUAUAUUGUUAUUCGACAGUUAAUCCCCUCUGACUUUUUAAAUAUAACAACCUAAGCGUUAUAACAUCUCUCUUUCUGGCACUUAUUUUAGCCGUAAGAAGAACACGUUUUCACGGGACAGAUUAAAGCUGCUGCUCAAACAGCACUGUGAACCACAGAAUGGAGUCAUCAUGCUCAAGGUAUUAUGAUUUAACGCUAGAGUUUUAAUGCAAUGUCAGUUUGUGUGUUUCUUUUUAAGCAAAAACCCUUUAAAAUGUAGAAAACAGGAUUGUCUUGUGUUACGUUCAUUUGAAUCCAGGAACUGUCAUUUUGCUCUAGUGUUGCUAACUGUUUCUUGUUUGUUGUGUUUCAUGCUUAGGCAUCAACUGUUGCUAAGUACAAGAUGGCAGAACAGCACUUCUCCCAGUUCUUCCCUGACGAGCCCCCUGUGUUUGUCUUUAGUCCCACUCCUAAAGGGCGGGGCAAGCCCAAGAAUGAUUAUUCUCCUGGAGAGGUGAGGAUUGGCAAUGUCUUCAUUCCAAAUGGCCCUAUGAGCGGGCCUUGGUCAAAAGUUGUGCACUAUAUAGGGAAUAGGGUGCCAUUUGGGACACAUCCCAUAUGUAGACCCUUUGUCAAGCAUUCCUCAGUGAAGAUAUUAUAACAAUUGUAUUACAUUGUAAUAAUAACUUAUUAUUGUUGGACUUCCAUCAUGGUUUUGUCCAGUGGACUUGUUAGUAAAGACCUCUAUGAAAUGUAAAGCAUCUCAAGACUCAAUUGCAUUUUCAUAAUUUUCUUUAGUUGGGGCACAACUUAUUGAAAGCAGCAGAGGAGAAGCUUCGUCUGAUGCAGCAGAAAGAGGAGAUGAUAGCUACGGGUGAGACCAGUAGUUUAUAGUUGGAUUCUAGUAGAUAAUAGUUAGCAUGUACAGUUGAAGUCAGAAGUUUACGUACACCUUAGCCAAAUACAUUUAAACUCAGUUUUUCACAAUUCCUGACAUUUAAUUAAUCCUAGUAAAAAUUCCCUGUCUUAGGUCAGUUAGGAUCACCACUUUAUUUUAAGAAUGUGAAAUGUCAGAAUAAUAGUAGAGAGAAUGAUUUACUUCAGCUUUUAUUUCUUUCAUCAUAUUCCCAAUGGGUCAGAAGUUUACAUACUCAAUUAGUAUUUGGUAGCGUUGCCUUUAAAUUGUUUAACUUGGGUCAAACGUUUCGGGUAGCCUUCCACAAGCGUCCCACAAUAAGUUGGGUGAAUUUUCGCCCAUUCCUCCUGACAGAGCUGGUGUAACUGAGUCAGGUUUGUAGGCCUCCUUGCUCGCACACGCUUUUUCAGUUCUGCCCACACAUUUUCUAUAGGAUUGAGGUCAGAGCUUUGUGAUGGCCACGCCAAUACCUUGACUUUGUUGUCCUUAAGCCAUUUUGCCACAACUUUGGAAGUAUGCUUGGGGUGAUUGUCCAUUUGGAAGACCCAUUUGCGACCAAGCUUUAACGUCCUGACUGAUGUCCUGAGAUGUUGCAUCAAUAUAUCCACAUAAUUUUCCUUUCCUCAUGAUGACAUCUAUUUUGGGAAGUGCACCAGUCCCUCCUGCAGCAAAGCACCCCCACAGCAUGAUGCUGCCACCCCUGUGCUUCACGGUUGGGAUGGUGUUCUUUGGCUUGCAAGCCUUUCCCUUUUUCCUCCAAACAUAACAAUGGUCAUUAUGGCCAAAUAGUUCUAUUUUUGUUUCAUCAGACCAGAGGACAUUUCUCCAAAAAGUACGAUCUCUGUCCAAAUGUGCAGUUGCAAACCGUAGUCUGGCUUUUUAUGGCGGUAUUGGAGCAGUGGCUUCUUCUUUGCUGAGCAGCCUUUCAGGUUAUGUCGCUAUAGGACUCGUUUUACUGUGGAUAUAGAUACUUUGUACCUGUUUCCUCCAGCAUCUUCACAAGGUCCUUUGCUGUUCUGGGAUUGAUUUGCACUUUUCGCACCAAAGUACGUUCAUCUCUAGGAGACAGAACGCGUCUCCUUCCUGAGCGGUAUGACGGCUACGUGGUCCCAUGGUGUUUAUACUUGCGUACUAUUGUUUGUACAGAUGAACGUUGUACCUUCAGGUGUUUGGAAAUUGCUCCCAAGGAUGAACCAGACUUGUGGAGGUCCUCCUUCUUUCCACUCCUCUCCUCUUUUGACCUCACCCUCUCACCGUCCCCCCCUACUCACAAGGCAGGCAAUACGCUUGACCUCAUCUUCACUAGAUGCUGCUCCUCUACUAAUCUCACUGCAACUCCCCUCCAAGUCUCCGACCACUACUUUGUUUCCUUUUCUCUCUCGCUCUCCUCCCACACUACUCACUCUGCCCCUACACAGAUGGUAAUGCGCCGCCGCAACCUUCGCUCUCUCUCUCCCACUACUCUCUCCUCUUCCAUCCUAUCAUCUCUUCCCUCUGCUCAAUCCUUCUCCCUCCAAUCUCCUGAUUCUGCCUCCUCAACCCUCCUCUCCUCCCUUUCUGCAUCCUUUGACUCUCUGUGUCCCCUAUCCUCCCGGCCGGCUCGGUCCUCCCCCCCAGCUCCGUGGCUUGAUGACUCACUGCGAGCUCACAGAACAGAGCUCCGGGCAGCGGAGAGGAAAUGGAAGAAAACUAAACUCCCUACCGACCUGGCAUCUUUUCACUCCCUCCUCUCUACAUUUUCUUCAUCUGUUUCUGCUGCUAAGGCCACCUUCUACCACUCUAAAUUCCAAGCAUCUGCCUCUAACCCUAGGAAGCUCUUUGCCACAUUUUCCUCCCCUCCUGAAUCCUCCUCCCCCCCCCCCCCCCCCCUCCUCUCUCUCUGUGGAUGACUUCGUCAACCACUUUGAAAAGAAGGUUGACGACAUCCGAUCCUCGUUUGUUAAGUCUAAUAACACUGCUGGUCCUGCUCACACUGCCCUACCCUAUGCUUUGACUUCUUUCUCCCCUCUCUCUCCAGAUAAAAUCCUGCGACUUGUGACUGCAGGCCGCCCAACAACCUGCCCGCUUGACCCCAUCCCCUCCUCCCUUCUCCAGACCAUCUCCGGUGACCUUCUCCCCUACCUCACCUCGCUGAUCAACUCAUCCUUGACCGCUGGCCAUGUCCCUUCCGUCUUCAAGAGAGCGAGAGUUGCUCCCCUCCUCAAAAAACCAACACUCGACCCCACUGAUGUCAACAACUACAGACCAGUAUCCCUUCUUUCUUUUCUUUCCAAAACUAUUGAGCGUGCCGUCUUUAGCCAACUCUCUUGCUAUCUCUCUCAGAAUGACCUUCUUGAUCCAAACCAAUCAGGUUUCAGGACUGGUCAUUCAACUGAGACUGCUCUUCUCUGUGUCACGGAGACUCUCCGCACUGCUAAAGCUAACUCUCUCUCCUCUGCUCUUGUCCUUCUAGACCUGUCUGCUGCCUUUGAUACUGUGAACCAUCAGAUCCUCCUCUCCACCCUCUCCGAGAUGGGCAUCUCCGGCGCGGCUCACUCCUGGAUUGCGUCCUACCUGACCGGUCGCUCCUACCAAGUGGCGUGGCGGGAAGCUGUCUCCGCACCACGUGCUCUCACCACUGGUGUCCCCCAGGGAUCGGUUCUGGGCCCUCUCCUUUUCUCCCUAUACACCAAGUCACUUGGCUCUGUCAUAUCCUCACAUGGUCUCUCCUAUCAUUGCUACGCUGACGAUACACAACUAAUCUUCUCCUUUCCCCCUUCUGAUAACCAGGUGGCGAAUCGCAUCUCUGCAUGUCUGGCAGACAUAUCAGUAUGGAUGACGGAUCACCACCUCAAGCUGAACCCUGGCAAGACGGAGCUGCUCUUCCUCCCGGGGAAGGACUGCCCGUUCCAUGAUCUCGCCAUCACGGUUGACAACUCCGCUGUGUCCUCCUCCCAGAGUGCGAAGAGCCUAGGCGUGACCCUGGACAACACCCUGUCGUUCUCCGCCAACAUCAAGGCGGUGACCCGCUCCUGCAGGUUCAUGCUCUACAACAUUCGGAGAGUGCGACCCUGCCUUACACAGGAAGCGGCGCAGGUCCUGGUCCAGGCACUUGUCAUCUCCCGUCUGGACUACUGCAACUCGCUGUUGGCUGGGCUCCCUGCCUGUGCCAUUAAACCCCUACAACUCAUCCAGAAUGCCGCAGCCCGUCUGGUGUUCAACCUUCCCAAGUUCUCUCACGUCACCCCCCUCCUCCGCACACUCCACUGGCUUCCAGUUGAAGCUCGCAUCCGCUACAAGACCAUGGUGCUUGCCUAUGGAGCAGUGAGGGGAACGGCACCUCUGUACCUUCAGGCUCUGAUCAGUCCCUACACCCAAACGAGGACAUUGCGUUCAUCCACCUCUGGCCUGCUGGCUCCCCUUCCUCUGCGGAAGCACAGCUCCCGCUCAGCCCAGUCAAAACUGUUCGCUGCUCUGGCACCCCAAUGGUGGAACAAGCUUCCUCACGACGCCAGGACAGCGGAGUCACUCACCACCUUCCGGAGACAUUUGAAACCCCACCUCUUUAAGGAAUACCUGGGAUAGGAUAAAGUAUUCCUUCUAACCCCCCCCCCCCCCCAAAUUGUAAAGUGGUUAUCCCACUGGCUAUAGGGUGAACGCACCAAUUUGUGAGUCGCUCUGGCUAAGAGCGUCUGCUAAAUGACGUUAAUGUGCCCUUGAGCAAGGCACUUAACCCUAAUUGCUCCUGUAAGUCGCAACAAUUUUGUUUUCUGAGGUCUUGGCUGAUUUCUUUUGAUUUGUCCCAUGAUGUCAAGCAAAGAGGCACUGAGUUUGAAGGUAGGCCUUGAAAUACAUCCACAGGUAAACCUCCAAUUGACUCAAAUGAUGUCAAUUAGCCUAUCAGAAGCUUCUAAAGCCAUGACAUAAUUUUCUGGAAUUUUCCAAGCUUAGUGUAUGUAAACUUCUGACCCACUGGAAUUGUGAUACAGUGAAUUAUAAGUGAAAUAAUCUGUCUGUAAACAAUUGUUGGAAAAAUCACUUGUGUCAUGCACAAAGUAGAUGUCCUAACCGACUUGCCAAAACUAUAGUUUGUUAACAAGGAAUUUGUGGAGUGGUUGAAAAACGAGUUUUAAUGACUCCAACCUAAGUGUAUGUAAACUUCCGACUUCAACUGUAAGUUAAAAAACUGGUGCACUGUUGUCAUGUAAGUGUUAAUGAGACCGUCCCAAGAUAUGUAUGAAUGAUCCAUAAAUUUGGCUGCCAUAUACAGUACCAGUCAAAAGUUUGGAGACACCUACUCAUUCAAGGGUGUUUCUUUUAUUUUUACUAUUUUCUAUAUUGUAGAAUAAUAGUGACGACGUCAACUAUGAAAUAACACAUAUAGAAUAAUUGAGUAACCAAAAAAAGUGUUAGCCUAAACAAAUCAAAAUAUAUACCCUUUGCCUUUAUGGCAGCUUUGCACACUCUUGGCAUUUUCUUAACUAGCUUCAUGAGGAAUGCUUUUCCCCUUGAAGGAGUUCCCACAUGCUGAGCAUUUGUUGGCUGCUUUUCCUUCACUCUGCAGUCCAACUCAUCCCAAACCAUCUCAAUUGGGUUGAGGUCGGGUGAUUGUGGAGGCCAGGUCAUCUGAUGCAGCACCCCAUCACUCUCCUUCUUGGUAAAAUAGCCCUUACACAGCCUGGAAGUGUAUUGGGUCAUUGUCCUGUUGAAAAACAAAUUAUAGUCCCACUAAGCGCAAACCAGAUGGGAUGGCAUAUCGCUGCAGAAUGCUGUGGUAGCCAUGCUGGUUAUGUGUGCCUUGAAUUCUAAAUAAAUCACUGACCGUGUCACCAGCAAAGCACCAUCACACCUCCUCCAUGCUUCACGGUGGGAAUCACACAUGUGGAGAGCAUCCGUUCACCUACGCUGCGUCUCACAAAGACACGGCGGUAGGAACCAAAAAUCUCCAAUUUGGACUCCAGACCAAAGGACACAUUUCCACCGGUCUAAUGUCCAUUGCUCGUUUUUCUUGGCCCAAGCAGGUCUCUUCUUCUUAUUGGUGUCCUUUAGUAGUGGUUUCUUUGCAGCAAUUCAACCAUGAAGGCCUGAUUCACGACAGUCCCCUCUGAACAGUUGAUGUUGAGAUGCAUCUGUGACUUGAACUCUGUGAAGCAUUUAUUUGGGCUGCAAUUUCUGAGGCUGGUAACUCUAAUGAACUUAUCCUCUGCAGCAGAUGUUACUCUGGGUCUUCCUUUCCGGUGGUGGUCCUCAUGAGAGCCAGUUUCAUCAUAGUGCUUGAUGGUUCUAUAUCGUGGAGCUCCGCCCCAUAGGGGAGCUCUGCUCCUAUUGGUUUACCCCGCUGCCUAGGCAGCGAACAUCCUGAGACAAAAUUAUGCACACACCUGCAGCCAAUAGGAGUACAGGUGUCCCUAUAAGAGGGGACGCUUCCCCUCAAUCAGCCUCCCAUUAUCUUCAGCGACUGGACUGGACUGAAGAAGACGAAGACUCAGGACGAAGAUAUCGCCGUUGAUUUUCCAGAUCAUCGACGUCGUCCGUCGGUGCGUAGUUGAGGUGCGUAGUUGAGCACACACAUGAGGCUGGUAUUAAAAAGGUAUCAAGGCGCCGCCUUGUUUUACCUCAAAGACCUCACACUACAGACUUCUAGGAGUACUGUAGUGAGGGUCUCAUAAAGCAGAUUGCAGUCACAGCCAGGUAAUGGAGUGAUGACGCAAUUGCUAUUCGGGUACAGCGCUCUGUCUCAGGAUAGCAGUUCAGACCCGCGCUGUGUACACGGAGGGCCGGGGUUACGAGUGCAACCAACGUAUCGGCGCCCCCGUUUCUCUCAGAACGUGCUAAUGUUUCCUCUCCCUUUCUUGGGGGGCCUGCCUUGGGCUGUUCCACCACUUCAGUGUUGGAGAACAGUGGCGGCGAGGGCCGUCGAGGAAUACAGGUCCUUCCUACUGAAUGCACCACAGCUUCGCACUCUUCCGAUUUCUCAGCAUUAUUUUGAGUGGGGGCAAAGCUGUACCGUCUCUCUCUGGCUAGACCGGAUGCUGGAGAAGGGUUAUGCCAUCCAAUUUCAUCGUCAUGGAGACGGUGAUGAAAACGCCCAAAAAAGUUGCCGCUCUCGUUGCAGAGAUUACGGAACUUUUGGCGAAGGAGGCUGUCACAGUAGUUCCCUGAGAGCAAAGGAACAGAGGGCUAUAUUCGCCCUACUUCCUGGUGCCCAAAAAAACGGGGGGAAUGAGGCCAAUAUUGGAUUUACGUAUUCUCAACGAGCGUGGAGCCAAACUGCCCUUCCGAAUGCUAACGACAAAACGUCUACUGGAGUGUUCCAGAGGGGAGACUUUUGUACGAGCAUAGACCUAAAGGACGCGUACUUUCAUGUGCCGGUACAGCCGCGUCACAGGAAGUUUCUGCGUUUCGCCUUUCAAGGGGUGGCGUACGAGUUCGCAAGGAUGCCAUUCGGGUACGCCUUGGCACCUCGCACAUUUUCCAAAUGUGUGGAGGCGGCAAUAGAACAGUUGCGUGGUCAGGGAAUAAGGCUACUAGCCUACCUAGACGACUUACUGGUUCUCGCCCCAUCAGCAGAGCUGGCGAUCACACACACAACACAGACAGUGAUUCAUCUCACGCGUCUGGGGUUCGCUGUGAAUUGGAAAAAGAGCUCGGCCUGGCCCAGUCAUCAGAUUGUCUAUCUGGAAAUACAGAGACACUAACGAUGAGGGCUCAAAUUUUGGAUCCUCGAAGGGUUGCCCUGUUGCUAGCCCUAUGAAGGUUUCGUCCGACUCACACGGUAACGGCGCUUUCGGUCACUCUUGGGUCUCAUGUCGUCGGCCCAUUUCGUGUUCCCGCUGGUACUCUUGCACAUGCGCAGAAUACAGCGAUGGUUCGUCCAAUUACGACUAGACCCAGUGCGUGAACGUCGUCAAGUUGGUGGUGGCUCCUCUCUCGCUCAGAGCAGAUCUGAACUAUUGGAGAGACCUGCGCGUUCUCACGCACCUAGUCCUGAUAGGCAAAGUGUCCUCCUACAGUCCAGUGUUUACAGAUGCCUCUGACUGGAUGGGGAGGGACGUCAGACCCAAGCGAUAGGAGGUGUGUGGCCUCUUUCGAGUCGUCACAUCAACCUCUUAGUUGGAAACGGUUCUACUGGUUCUGACCCACUUUGCGUCUACCCUUCGGGGUCGCGAUGUGCUGGUCUGGUCAGACAACCAAACCACAGUAGCCCACAUCAAUCACCAGGGAGGAGUCAGGUCUCCUGCACUCCACCGGGCGGCGGAGGAAUUGUUGCUGUGGGCUCAUGAGCACCUUCGCUCGUUGAGAGCAGCACACAUUCCAGGCUACUUGAACGUAGGGGCAGACCUCAUGUCCAGAGGGGGUCCUCGGGACAACGAGUGGCGUCUGCACCCGGACAUUGUUCUCCAAAUUUGGGAACGGUUCGGGAGAACCGAGGUGGAUCUGUUCGCGUCACACGUGAACGCGCAUUGCCCUCUCUUGUUCUCUCUACGAGCUCAGGACGAACUGCCACUGGGGAGGGACGCAUUUGCGCACCGACCGUGGCCGAGGGUUCUCCUGUAUGCAUUUCCACCGCUGUCCUGCAUUCUGUCACUGUUAGCCAGGGUUAGAUCAGGCGGCCUGUCAAUCAUAUUGGUGGCUCCCGAUCGCCCAGGGGCUCCAUGGUUCGCGGAGAUGAUUCAGAUGUUGAUUGCGCCACCAUGGCCAAUUCCACAUUGACGGGACGCGCUGUCUCAGGCGGGAGGCGCGAUAGGGCAGUUGCCCAUAAUAGGCCAACCACUGAUGGUUUGGCUACUGAGAGGGACAGGCUAGAGCGCCGUGGGUUAUCUGAUUCAGUAAUCAGAACCAUACAGGGUUCACAUGCCGGUUCCACUUCCAGGGUUUAUGCCAGUAAAUGGAACGGGUUUACACAGUGGUGUGUCACAGAGAAUGUGGACCCUUUGUGCUGUCAGGUUGAGUGUUCUCUCGUUCCUACAGUUUUUUUGAUAAGCAGCGAUUGCCCGCCACCAUUAAGGUGUUUUGCAGUGGCGAUUUCAGCUUGUCAUGAGGGGUUUGGCAGAGACACUCUCUUCAGCCACCCUCUAGUGAAAUGUUUCCUAUUAGGAACGCGGCGGCUUAGCCAAUGCCUAGAGCCACGCUUCCUCAGUGGGAUUUGGUUUUGGUACUCGAAGCGCUUUGUGAGGCGCCGUUCGAACCAUUGAAUCAAAUUCCCCUCAGAAUGCUGUCUGUGAAGACAGCACUGUUGCUCGCUUUGACUACUGCUAAGCGUGUCAGUGAUUUGUGUGCUCUUUCAACAAGACCCGACUGCCUUGCCAUUUAAUGGCGACUUGAGCAGAGUGGUGUUACGUCCUAACCCGGCAUUUAUGCCGACGGUUAUUAAGAGCUCAUAUAGAUCACAGACCGUGGAGCUGUGGGCUUUUUCUCGCCCUCCCCAUGGGGAGAGGAGAGAGGAAAGGCUCCAUCGCCUGUGCCCAGUGCGUGCUUUGGCUUGUUACGUUGAGCGCACAACAGCGAUUAGGUCAUAGCCUCAGCUGUUUGUGUGUCACGGUGCGGCUGCACUAGGUAGACCACUUUCGAAACAGCGUCUGUCUCAUUGGCUUUGGGAAGGCAUUGAGAUGGCGUAUGAGGCAGCGGGGCAACCAUUGCCUCGGGUAUAAGAGCCCACUCCACUCGUGGAGUCGCGGCUGCUAUGGCCCUUUUCAGAUGAACAGGGUUGAAGGAUAUUUGUGCGGCGUCGUGGUCGUCACCUUCUCCUUUUAUCAGUUUUUAUCUCUUAGAUAUGUCUUCUAACUCUUUGGCUCAGUCUGUACUCAGCGUGGCUGAUGGGAGGCCUUGAGCUAGGAGAAAGGAAUGCAGGACUGAGGAGACGGGUCUCUUUCAGGUCCACUCCUUGUAGAAGAAACAUGUAUAGCAUGACUCCUGACUGAUAUGUUCAGUGCAGUAGAAGGCAUGUAUUGAUCUGCCCACCAGUGAAUAACUGGGUUGGGGCAGAAUGAUGAGGGAAAAUAGUACGGGUAACUUUGGUUACGGUACUAUCAGACCGGUCAUAUAGCUCCUGAGUGGCGCAGUGCUAACUGUGCCACUAGAGAUCCUGGUUCGAAUCCAGGCUCUGUCGCAGCCGGCCGCGACCGGGAGACUCAUGGGCGGCGCACAAUUGGCCCAGCGUUGUCCAGGGUAGGGGAGGGAAUGGCCGGCAGGGAUGUAGCUCAGUUGAUAGAGCAUGGCGUUUGCAACGCCAGGGUUGUGGGUUCGAUUCCCACGGGGGGCCAGUAUAAAAAAUAAAUACAAAUGUAUUCACUAACUGUAAGUCGCUCUGGAUAAGAGCGUCUGCUAAAUGACGUAAAUGUAAAAUGUAAAUAAUAUUGACGGAAUUGUGACUCAAUCUUUCUGCUUGUUCAGAUUAGUAUGACUCGUUCUGGAGUCUACCCAUUAAUCUUUGGGGAUCCAUAGAUUUGAGUGUGGUGGAUUACCGAAUACACAGUGUAGAGUCAGUGGUCGGUUUUGUUUAAGACAGCAUAUUGAGGUACCAUCUAUCUGCUGGUUCAGAGUAGUAUGGUGUUGGGCUCGGCAGGGAGUACAUUUUGGAGCGUUGUGCUCCACCUUAAACUAAUAGGAGCAGAGCUCCCCUAUGGGGCGGAGCUCCACGAUAUAGAACGAUAGUUACCGGAGUUGUAACUCCAGUUCUAUGAGUGGAGCGGAGCCCCCAUAGGACUUAAGGCCCUGCCGACCCUCCAGUCUCGCUAAAGAUAAUUUCUCGGGAGGCUGAUUGAGGGGAAGCGUCCCUUCUUAUAGGGACACCUGUACUCCUAUUGGCUGCAGGUGUGUGCAUAAUUUUGUCUCAGGCUGUUCGCUGCCUAGGCAGCGGGGUAAACCAAUAGGAGCAGAGCUCCCCUAUGGGGCUCCGCUCCACUCAUAGAACUGGAGUUACAACUCCGGUAACUAUCGUUUUUGCGACUGCACUUGAAGAAACUUUCAAAGUUCUUGAAAUUUUCCAGGUUGACUGACCUUCAUGUCUUAAAGUAAUGAUGGACUGUCGUUUCUCUUUGCUUAUUUGAGCUGUUCUUGCCAUAAUAUGGACUUAGUCUUUUACCAAAUAGGGCUAUCUUCUGUAUACCACCCCCUACCUUGUCACAACACAACUGAUUGGCUCAAAUGCAUUAAGAAGGAAAGAAAUUCCACAAAUUAACUUUUAAGAAGGCACAUCUGUUAAUUGAAAUGCAUUCCAGGUGACUACCUCAUGAAGCUGGUUGAGAGAAUACCAAGAGUGUGCAAAGCUGUCAAGGCAAAGGGUGGCUAUUUUGAACAAUCUCAAAUAUAAAACACUUUUUUUGUUACUUCAUGAUUACAUAUGUGUUAUUUCAUAGUUUUGAUGUCUUCACUAUUAUUCUACACUGUAGAAAAUAGUACAAAUAAAGAAACCCUGGAAUGAGUAGGUGUCUGUCCAAACUUUUGACUGGUACGGUGUGUCCAGAACUGUCACAUUAAAACAAUAUGCUUUAGUUAUAACUGUCUGUUAUGUUCAGCACAUGAAAAGGCCAAGCUGAAGAGGGAGAAAGAAGAUAACCUGGAAGCCAAAAAGCGAGAGAAGGAGGACAAAGAAAAGAAGCGAGAAGAGAUGAAGAAGAUGUUUGAAGAGGAGAAGCAGAGGAGGAAAGUAGAGAAGGAAAAAGUGAGUCUGAGUAACUUAUUUUUUGAUCAAUGACAUUUGAGUUUAAUUUACAUUUGAUUUGUACACCAUACAACUUCUCAUGUUAAUAUACAGUGGGGAGAACAAGUAUUUGAUACACUGCUGAUUUUGCAGGUUUUCCUACUUACAAAGCAUGUAGAGGUCUGUAAUUUUUAUCAUAGGUACACUUCAACUGUGAGAGACGGAAUCUACAACAAAAAUCCAGAAAAUCACAUUGUAUGAUUUUUAAGUAAUUAAUUUGCAUUUUAUUGCAUGACAUAAGUAUUUGAUACAUCAGAAAAGCAGAACUUAAUAUUUGGUACAGAAACCUUUGUUUGCAAUUACAGAGAUCAUACGUUUCCUGUAGGUCUUGACCAGGUUUGCACACACUGCAGCAGGGAUUUUGGCCCACUCCUCCAUACAGACCUUCUCCAGAUCCUUCAGGUUUCGGGGCUGUCGCUGGGCAAUAUGGACUUUCAGCUCCCUCCAAAGAUUUUCUAUUGGGUUCAGGUCUGGAGACUGGCUAGGCCACUCCAGGACCUUGAGAUGCUUCUUACGGAGCCACUCCUUAGUUGCCCUGGCUUUGUGUUUCGGGUCGUUGUCAUGCUGGAAGACCCAGCCACGACCCAUCUUCAAUGCUCUUACUGAGGGAAGGAGGUUGUUGGCCAAGAUCUCGCGAUACAUAGCCCCAUCCAUCCUCCCCUCAAUACGGUGCAGUCGUCCUGUCCCCUUUGCAGAAAAGCAUCCCCAAAGAAUGAUGUUUCCACCUCCAUGCUUCACGGUUGGGAUGGUGUUAUUGGGGUUGUACUCAUCCUUCUUCCUCCAAACACGGCGAGUGGAGUUUAGACCAAAAAGCUCUAUUUUUGUCUCAUCAGACCACAUGACCUUCUCCCAUUCCUUCUCUGGAUCAUCCAGAUGGUCAUUGCCAAACUUCAGACGGGCCUGGACAUGCGCUGGCUUGAGCAGGGGGACCUUGCGUGCGCUGCAGGAUUUUAAUCCAUGACGGCGUAGUGUGUUACUAAUGGUUUUCUUUGAGACUGUGGUCCCAGCUCUCUUCAGGUCAUUGACCAGGUCCUGCCCUGUAGUUCUGGGCUGAUCCCUCACCUUCCUCAUGAUCAUUGAUGCCCCACGAGGUGAGAUCUUGCAUGGAGCCCCAGACCGAGGGUGAUUGACCGUCAUCUUGAACUUCUUCCAUUUUCUAAUAAUUGCGCCAACAGUUGUUGCCUUCUCACCAAGCUGCUUGCCUAUUGUCCUGUAGCCCAUCCCAGCCUUGUGCAGGUCUACAAUUUUAUCCCUGAUGUCCUUACACAGCGCUCUGGUCUUGGCCAUUGUGGAGAGGUUGGAGUCUGUUUGAGUGUGUGGACAGGUGUCUUUUAUACAGGUAACGAGUUCAAACAGGUGCAGUUAAUACAGGUAAUGAGUGGAGAACAGGAGGGCUCCUUAAAGAAAAACUAACAGGUCUGUGAGAGCCGGAAUUCUUACUGGUUGGUAGGUGAUCAAAUACUUAUGUCAUGCAAUAAAAUGCAAAUUAAUUACUUAGAAAUCAUACAAUGUGAUUUUCUGGAUUUUUGUUGUAGAUUCCGUCUCUCACAGUUGAAGUGUACCUAUGAUAAAAAUUACAGACCUCUACAUGCUUUGUAAGUAGGAAAACCUGCAAAAUCGGCAGUGUAUCAAAUACUUGUUCUCCCCACUGUAGAUUAUAUUGUUUGUAUCAUUAUACUGUAUUGCAGGAGAGGGAGAAGCUGAAGGAGGAAAAGAAGCAAUAUGCAGAGCGACUGAAGAUGUGGAGCAAACCUAGAGAAGACUUGGAGUGUGAGGACCUGAAGGUAAGCAGCCCCAGUAACAUCCUUAGCUAGUCUUUAUUUGGCCUCAUCCUCCAUAGUUGAAACAUGUUUAUUUUUUCUAUUUAAUACAAAAGUUGUCCUGGGCCCAGAGAUGUUAGCGAUGUAUGGCCAGUUCAUAUGGUCAAUAUGAGUUAGCUAUACACCACAAACACACCUGGGACCAAUGUUCCCGCAAAUUUAUUCGGUACUGAGUAAAUUUCAGCUUCGCUGAGCGCAAACUUGAAUAUUGUGAAAAUUCUGUGCAACUUCCAGUGUUCCUUUACUGUGGACUAUUUGCAUUGUCCCACCCCCUCUUUAUUUUAAUUUUUUUACUUAUCUAUUUUUUACUUAACACUUAUUUUUCUUUCAACUGCAUUGUUGGUUAAGGGCUUGUAAGUAAGCAUAUUCGGCGCAUGUGACAAAUGACAUUUGAUUUGAACACUGAGGCUGUACCCGCUUUAAGUUACUGUUUCAGACAGUGGUCAAGUAGGCUACUGUGGCAAUUUGAUCAUAAUGUAGGCCUACAAUCAAAAACAAUGUUAAAUGCAUCCCAUAACAAUUUAACAUCGCUGAUUACAAAUUAUCUAUAACUGGGCUAAUAACUCACUAACUAGCAAAUUAUAUGAACAAAUGUGCACGUUUGACUACAUGCAGUUCUCGCUUUGAUCUCAAAACAAGCGCAUCUACUCACGACCACUCAUGCUUUAAACACAUAGUCCAGUUGAAAGUGAAUGGCACAGAUCCAUAUAUGGCAAUGGUCUAUUUGCAUAUAUGCCUGCUACAGCUCUGAUUGGUUAUGCCACACCGGUCUGUGUAGAGUACAGGCUGAGUCUUGCAUGUCAAUGCAAUAUAAUCCUACUCUGAUGCGUUCUGCCUACAACAAUCUCUUGCAUAGUUAGUUUUGUAUACUAAGUCUUGGGUAGUUAGUUUUGUUACUGUACGUUGCAUUGAAAGUGGCUAAUAUUGCAUUGAUUCGAUCACAAUUGCCACAGUAAAGAGAAAUGUUGAUAGUGUUAACAAAGGGGGGAAAACUCCAGAAAGUUGAUUUGAAGUUCAAUCUCGUGCUUCUCUGCGCGGGCUGAUAUUUCUUCUGCAUGGCAGCUCCCCGGCGCACGCACACAGCUUAGAGGGAACAUUGUCUGGGACCGUGCUAGUUUUUUGGGGGUUGGGACACAGUCAAGGUUGGGAAACAUUGUCCUAAAUGCUAUCUCUACAUUUGUAUAUGGGAUUGAAUUCAAAUGACUAUGGUAUAACCAAGUCAUUAUUGUAAAAGACUUGUUCUCAAUGACUUACUAGUUAAAUAAAGCUAGAAUGUUUAGGCUUCUGACUCUCUCCUUUAUGGCAUGGUGUCCAGGAUCUCCCAGCCCCGGUCCCAGUGAAGACCCGUCUGCCUGCAGAGCUAUUUGGAGACGCCCUCAUGGUACUGGAAUUCCUCAAAGCUUUCGGAGAGCUCUUUGACCUGAAGGACGAGUUUCCAGAAGGCAUCACACUCGGUGAGAAACACUGGCAAAACAUUGUAAAAAUACAAUCACUGGUCCUGCACUUUUUUAGUUUUAUCACCCAUGUUUGCUUUUUGAAUAUAGUUUGUCAUUUCUUGUGUGAAAGUACGCUAGUACAGUGACCGUCUGGUUGAGUGUGUUAAGAGUUUUCUGACUGUGGGGCCCUUGUCUGUGUGUUCCAGAGGUGCUGGAGGAGGCCCUGGUGGUGUCGGACCCUGAGGGGCCGUUGUGUGAGCUGCUCUUCUUCUUCCUGUCGGCCAUAUUCCAGGCCCUAGCUGAGGAGCAGGAGGAGGUGGCCCGCGACCAGGUGGCUGAGGCGGACGCCAAAGGUAGGGACAGCAACGGGCCUCAAACGCUUGUUUAGUGUCAACUAGUAAACCCAUGUUUAAACUCUGUUUUAGUCUAGUAAACCCAUUGUGAUUGGUCACCAAAUAGACUUUGGAUGUUAUCAAUGGCGACAUUUCAUCCAGGCUGUAGGAUUGACUGACUGACAAUUUUUAGCAUCAUGGUGAAAUCUUAGUUUUCACUGAGUGAAUCGUCUUCCUUGUUGGCAGAUCUGAGUGAGGCCCUGGAUGAUGAUGCGGACCCCACCCAGUCAGCCAUCAGUGCUGUGGCUUCUCUGGCUGCUGCCUGGCCUCAGCUGCACCAAGGUGAGAGAAGGACAACAGUCUUUAAUAUAGUCAAUGUUCAUAUACAGCUAUUUGUGCAUUUGUUUAUUUUGUACUGAGAGCCUGACUCUACAGCAGUGGUUCCCAAACUGUGGGGUGCGCCCCCUAGGGGGGACACGAGGGGUCAGUGGAGGGGGAGAGAGAGCGAGACUGUCUGGCUUUAAACUUACUCUUGAAAGUUGUGAUGGUAGAAUGCAGAAGGUGUAAUUUCUAAAUUGGGUAGUGCGUCAUCAGCUUUUCCUCUUGUCAUGUCAGUCAUUGCAUACUUUAGAGAGCUAUUUAUAACUUGUCAGAAAUGUCCAGAUCAACUAGCCCAUGUCAGCUAAUCUUUUUUUAUUCGUUUUUUUUUAGCCCCCAAUUUUUCUGUCGCUCAAAUAUCACAUGAAUACAUAUUAGACAUGGCAAAAUGUAUUGCAAGAAAAUAAGCUUUAAACCUGCAGGAUGCAGGUCUUAAUAACUACAGUGGGGAAAAAAGGUAUUUAGUCAGCCACCAAUUGUGCAAGUUCUCCCACUUAAAAAGAUGAGAGGCCUGUAACUUUCAUUAUAGGUACACGUCAACUAUGACAGACAAAAUGAGAUUUUUUUUCUUCAGAAAAUCACAUUGUAGGAUUUUUAAUGACUUUAUUUGCAAAUUAUGGUGGAAAAUAAGUAUUUGGUCAAUAACAAAAGUUUCUCAAUACUUUGUUAUAUACCCUUUGUUGGCAAUGACACAGGUCAAACGUUUUCUGUAAGUCUUCACAAGGUUUUCACACACUGUUGCUGGUAUUUUGGCCCAUUCCUCCAUGCAGAUCUCCUCUAGAGCAGUGAUGUUUUGGGGCUGUCGCUGGGCAACACAGACUUUCAACUCCCUCCAAAUAUGUUCUAUGGGGUUGAGAUCUGGAGACAGGCUAGGCCACUCCAGGACCUUGAAAUGCUUCUUACGAAGCCACUCCUUCGUUGCCCGGGCGGUGUGUUUGGGAUCAUUGUCAUGCUGAAAGACCCAGCCACGUUUCAUCUUCAAUGCCCUUGCUGAUGGAAGGAGGUUUUCACUCAAAAUCUCACGAUACAUGGCCCCAUUCAUUCUUUCCUUUACACGAAUCAGUCGUCCUGGUCCCUUUGCAGAAAAACAGCCCCAAAGCAUGAUGUUUCCACCCCCAUGCUUCACAGUAGGUAUGGUGUUCUUUGGAUGCAACUCAACAUUCUUUGUCCUCCAAACACGACGAGUUGAGUUUUUACCAAAAAGUUCUAUUUUGGUUUCAUCUGACCAUAUGACAUUCUCCCAAUCCUCUUCUGGAUCAUCCAAAUGCACUCUAGCAAACUUCAGACGGGCCUGGACAUGUACUGGCUUAAGCAGGGGGACACGUCUGGCACUGCAGGAUUUGAGUCCCUGGCGGCGUAGUGUGUUACUGAUGGUAGGCUUUGUUACUUUGGUCCCAGCUCUCUGCAGGUCAUUCACUAGGUCCCCCCGUGUGGUUCUGGGAUUUUUGCUCACCGUUCUUGUGAUCAUUUUGACCCCACGGGGUGAGAUCUUGCGUGGAGCUCCAGAUCGAGGGAGAUUAUCAGUGGUCUUGUAUGUCUUCCAUUUCCUAAUAAUUGCUCCCACAGUUGAUUUCUUCAAACCAAGCUGCUUACCUAUUGCAGAUUCAGUCUUCCCAGCCUGGUGCAGGUCUACAAUUUUGUUUCUGGUGUCCUUUGACAGCUCUUUGGUCUUGGCCAUAGUGGAGUUUGGAGUGUGACUGUUUGAGGUUGUGGACAGGUGUCUUUUAUACUGAUAACAAGUUCAAACAGGUGCCAUUAAUACAGGUAACGAGUGGAGGACAGAGGAGCCUCUUAAAGAAGUUACAGGUCUGUUAGAGCCAGAAAUCUUGCUUGUUUGUAGGUGACCAAAUACUUAUUUUCCACCAUAAUUUGCAAAUAAAUUCAUAAAAAAUCCUAGAAUGUGAUUUUCUGGAAAGAAAAUUCUCAAUUUGUCAGUCAUAGUUGACGUGUACCUAUGAUGAAAAUUACAGGCCUCUCUCAUCUUUUUAAGUGGGAGAACUUGCACAAUUGGUGGCUGACUAAAUACUUUUUUCCCCACUGUACAUCCUGUUUGCAACAAGGCACUAAAGUAAUACUGCAAAAAAUGUGGCAAAGCAAUUCACUUUUUGUCCUGAAUACAAAGCGUUAUAUUUGGGGGAAAUCCAAUACAACAAAUUACUGAGUACCACUCUUCAUAUUUUCAAGCAUAGUGAAGCGUUAUAUUUGGGGGAAAUCCAAUACAACAAAUUACUGAGUACCACUCUUCAUAUUUUCAAGCAUAGUGGUGGCUGCAUCAUGUUAUGUGUAUGCUUGUAAUCAUUAAGGACUGGGGAGUUUUGCAGGAUAAAAAAGAAAGGGAAUGGAGCUAAGCACAGGCAAGAUCCUAGACAAAAACCUGGUUCAGUCUGCUUUCCACCAGACACUGGGAGAUUAAUUCACCUUUCAGCAGGACAAUAACCUACAACACAAAGCCAAAUCUACACUGGAGUUUCUUACCAAGAAGACAGUGAAUGUUCCUGAGUGGCCGAGUUACAGUUUUGACUUAAAUCUGCUUGAAAACCUAUGGCAAGGAACGGUGUUUCCUCCGACACAUUGGUGCGGCUGGCUUCCGGGUUAAGUGGGCGGGUAUUAAGGAGCGCGGUUUGGUGGGUCACGUUUCGGAGGACACAUUACUCGACCGUCGCCUCUCCCGAGCCCGUUGGGGAGUUGCAGCAAUGAGACAAGAUUGUAAUUGGAUCGCAAUUGGAUAUCACGAAAUUGGGGAGAAAAAGGGGGUAAUUUUUUUAAACAAAUAAAAUAAGAAAUAUGGCAAGACUUAAAUGGUUGUCUAGCAAUGAUCAACAAUCAAUUUGACAGAGCUUGAAGAUUUUAAAAAAUAAUAAUGUGCAAAUAUCGUACAAUCGAGGUGUGCAAAGCUCUUAGAGGCUUACCUAGAAAGACUCACACCUGUAAUUGCUGCCAAAGGUGAUUAUAACAUGUAUUGACUCAGGGGUGUGAAUACUUAUGCAAAUUAGAUAUUUCUGUAUGUUGUGUAGAUGGGUGAGAAAAAAUCUAUUUAAUCCAUUUUGAAUUCAGGCUGUAACACAACAAAAUGUGGAUUAAGUCAAGGGGUAUGAAUACAUUCUGAAGGCACUGUAUCUGCACAUAUGUGACGUAGUACGCAAUUCUCGGGGAACACUUUUGGCUCGUGAGUGCUACUUUCAGAACUACUGGCAAAAAAGUAUACAAAAGUACAGAAGAAUCUCUUUAAUGUUUAACUAUUUUUUUUUCUCUGAAAAAUAUAUUAUUUUAUCAAUUAAAUAAUGUUGCCUAUUGCAUUUACAACACAACAGUACAACAACAAAUCAAAAUACCCCAAAAAUAACUUGAAACAUAUGUUUUAAAUGCAAUAUAUUUUUAUUACUAUUCUAAAGAAAUUAAAUUACAAACAGAAAAUGGAAGUCUUCAAAGGUGGCAGUCUCCAUGUGAUCUCAUUUGGAGAUGUAAUAUCUGCAGCUUUUAUUCAAUAUCACUUGGUUUAAGAAGUAGUCCUCAGUCUUAAAUGACGCAAACCUCAGUGAGCCCAGACUGUGUGUAGCAGGGCUUCUCGGUUGCCUCGUAGUUGGAUGCCUCAGCAUUGUCAGAUACAACUUUGGCUAGCUUGGUGUCGAAUGGGUUCAAUGCCACCUGGAUGGCAGGCUCAGAGUCAGGCACAAGGAAGUUAUCUGGGAUGCUAGGCAGAGGCGGCUCACACUCUCUCAGGCUGACAGCACUCUUUCCAGGUCUCUUUUCCGACUCAGAUUUGUCCUUAGUGGAGAUGAACUCCUUUGACUUCUGCAACUCUUUUGCAGAAUCGUCAGAAAUGGGGGCACACUGUGGUGUGGAUGAUGCUUGUUUCAAACCAAACCGUGAAGAGAUGCUCUCCCGAACUCUGGAUGCCAGUGUCUGUGGUUCAGUGGUGGCUGGUUCCCUUUUCUUCAACCUGGCAGUGGCAAUAGCAUCAGAUCGCCUUCUAGCCUCCUUGGAGAUUCUCACAGCAUCAUAGAGAACCACUAUUACGAUGAAGCCAUAGAAAACGAGCCCCAAAAUCAGGUUCACCUUCACAAGUGGCUCGGAGUAAGAAGGGUCAGUCAAUAUGUUGACUCUGGGUUUGAUCUUCAGGGUGCUCUUCUGAGCUUUUGGAGCUGGAGCCUGAAGAUUUUCUUUGAAGACGUUGUUGUCACCUUGCAAUGCUUUUUGCUUGUAAGCCUGUAGAUAAGGAAUAAUUUUCUCCACAAUCAUCUGUGGGACUUUAGCUUUACCUGGGAAAGUAUCAUCUUUCAUCCUCUGAAGUUGUUCCAGCAUCUGGUCCACUUGCACCAUUUUGGUCCAUUUUGCAACAUUGGGGAUGUCCUGAACAGGGUGGUCCUUCACUGGCAUCAAAGGCUUGUGCUCUGGAACAGAAAUCAGGGGCUCUACAAGCUCCGCGGUCUCUUUAGAAUUUUUUGAGGAAUAUCCUUUUGUCAACUGGCCCACGUUACCUGGAGAAGAAUCGUCUUUCACUCGUAAACUCUUAAGUUGUUCCAGCAAUGACUUAAAAUUGGUCUCUUUUGUAGCAUCAGGGUUGUUCUGAACAGAGUGGUCCUUCACUGGCAUCAACGGCUUGUGCUCUGGAACAGAAAUCAGGGGCUCUACAAAGUCCGGGGGGUCUUUGACAUUUUUUGAGGAAUAUCCUUUUGUCAACUGGCCCACAUUACCUGGAGAAGAAUAGUCUUUCACCCGUAAACUAUCAACUUGUUCUUUUGUAGCAUCAGGGUUGUUCAGAAUAGGGUGGUCCUUCACUGGCAUCAAAGUCUUGUGCUCUGAAGACACCAACACAUUUGCAGCAACAGGCGAAAGGAGACAGAAAAUAACAGCCAACAAUAACAUCUUCAUGUUGCACAGCCCACCCUUCUGGGAGAGCUGUGCCAUUUUGAUUAAAGAAAUCGUCUUUCAAAAGUAGGCAGUACAAAUUACAAGUCAAACUACUAGUUGGCUAGCUGUGCUUUGUAAAAGUGAAUUGGGUUUACUGUUCACUGUCAAACAUACACAAGAUAUGGACCCAACAUGAUGUAAUAGAAGAAUCUGAUUAUAACAUCACGAGUUCCAGAAUGUUGUAACCUGCUCCUCAUUGUAUUCAUUAAUUCAGAUAAUUCAUUAAUUCAUCUCUUUGGAUACAUUUGGCAAUUAGUUUGACGUGCAGUCCCUGUCCCUAAACUGCUUUCUCCUACGACUUUGGCAAAUGCCCCCCGUGACCUACAGCUCCUCAUAUACUACCAGGUCAUGGUAGUAUCUACACUGGUGCUGGUGCUUGCGAUGACCCAGCUAAUUAUGAGCUUUCUGACCCAGGGAGUGAGAGACUUUUUGGCCUUCCUCAUGGCCCGCACUGCCCCCCUGGAAACCAAAUGUUUAAAGACAUGGUACUUUGGUGACUAAGAAAGUAUUUUUUAAACCUCUCACUUUGGGCUGGAUGCUUCAAAGUCUAGUUCAUACAUGCAUAAUCUGAGGGAAGAAUUACUGUUCAGAGAGAGAGAGAGAGAGAGAAAUGAGAUUUUAAUUUUAUUUUGGCCCAUUCCUCCAUGCAGAUCUCCUCUAGAGCAGUGAUGUUUUGGGGCUGUCGCUGGGCAACACGCUUUCAACUCCCUCCAAAGAUUUUCUAUGGGGUUGAGAUCUGGAGACUGGCUAGGCCACUCCAGGACCUUGAAAUGCUUCUUACGAAGCCACUCCUUCGUUGCCCGGGCGGUGUGUUUGGGAUCAUUGUCAUGCUGAAAGACCCAGUCACGUUUCAUCUUCAAUGCCCUUGCUGAUGGAAGGAGGUUUUCACUCAAUCUCACGAUACAUGGCCCCAUUCAUUCUUUCCUUUACACGGAUCAGUCGUCCUGGUCCCUUUGCAGAAAAAACAGCCCCAAAGCAUGAUGUUUCCACCCCCAUGCUUCACAGUAGGUAUGGUGUUCUUUGGAUGCAACUCAGCAUUCUUUGUCCUCCAAACACGACGAGUUGAGUUUUUACCAAAAAGUUCUAUUUUGGUUUCAUCUGACCAUAUGACAUUCUCCCAAUCCUCUUCUGGAUCAUCCAAAUGCACUCUAGCAAACUUCAGACGGGCCUGGACAUGUACUGGCUUAAGCAGGGGGACACGUCUGGCACUGCAGGAUUUGAGUCCCUGGCGGCGUAGUGUGUUACUGAUGGUAGGCUUUGUUACUUUGGUCCCAGCUCUCUGCAGGUCAUUCACUAGGUCCCCCCGUGUGGUUCUGGGAUUUUUGCUCACCGUUCUUGUGAUCAUUUUGACCCCACGGGGUGAGAUCUUGCGUGGAGCCCCAGAUCGAGGGAGAUUAUCAGUGGUCUUGUAUGUCUUCCAUUUCCUAAUAAUUGCUCCCACAGUUGAUUUCUUCAAACCAAGCUGCUUACCUAUUGCAGAUUCAGUCUUCCCAGCCUGGUGCAGGUCUACAAUUUUGUUUCUGGUGUCCUUUGACAGCUCUUUGGUCUUGGCCAUAGUGGAGUUUGGAGUGUGACUGUUUGAGGUUGUGGACAGGUGUCUUUUAUACUGAUAACAAGUUCAAACAGGUGCCAUUAAUACAGGUAACGAGUGGAGGACAGAGGAGCCUCUUAAAGAAGUUACAGGUCUGUUAGAGCCAGAAAUCUUGCUUGUUUGUAGGUGACCAAAUACUUAUUUUCCACCAUAAUUUGCAAAUAAAUUCAUAAAAAAUCCUCCAAUGUGAUUUUCUGGGAAAAAAAAUCUCAAUUUGUCCGUCAUAGUUGACGUGUACCUAUGAUGAAAAUUACAGGCCUCUCUCAUCUUUUUAAGUGGGAGAACUUGCACAAUUGGUGGCUGACUAAAUACUUUUUUCCCCCACUGUACAUCCUGUUUGCAACAAGGCACGAAAGUAAUACUGCAAAAAAUGUGGCAAAGCAAUUCACUUUUUGUCCUGAAUACAAAGCGUUAUAUUUGGGGGAAAUCCAAUACAACAAAUUACUGAGUACCACUCUUCAUAUUUUCAAGCAUAGUGAAGCGUUAUAUUUGGGGGAAAUCCAAUACAACAAAUUACUGAGUACCACUCUUCAUAUUUUCAAGCAUAGUGGUGGCUGCAUCAUGUUAUGUGUAUGCUUGUAAUCAUUAGCAGGGGGACACGUUGUCUGGACCUAUGGCAGUCUCUAUGGGGGUGCCACAGGGUUCAAUUCUUGGGCCGACACUUUUCUCCGUGUAUAUCAAUGAUGUCGCUCUUGCUGCUGGUGACUCUCAGAUCCACCUCUACGCAGACGACACCAUUUUGUAUACAUCUGGCCCUUCAUUGGACACUGUGUUAACAAACCUCCAAACGAGGUUCAAUGCCAUACAACAAUCCUUCAGUAGCCUUCAACUGCUCUUAAACACUAGUAAAACUAAAUGCAUGCUUUUCAAUCGAACGCUGCUGGCACCCGCCCACCCGACUAGAAUCACCACUCUCGACGGGUCUGACCUAGAGUAUGUGGACAACUACAAAUACCUAGGUGUCUGGUUAGACUGUAAACUCAACUUCCAGACUCACAUAAAGAAUCUCCAAUCCAAAGUUAAAUCUAGAAUCGGCUUCCUAUUUCGCAACAAAGCCUCCUUCACUCAUGCUGCCAAACAUGCCCUCGUAAAACUGACUAUCCUACCGAUCCUUGACUUCGGCGAUGUCAUUUACAAAAUAGCCUCCAACACUCUACUCAGCAAAUUGGAUGUAGUCUAUCACAGUGCCAUCCGUUUUGUCUCCAAAGCCCCAUACACUACCCACCACUGUGACCUGUACGCUCUUGUUGGCUGGUCCUCACUACAUGUUCGUCGUCAAACCCACUGGCUCCAGGCCAUCUAUAAAUCACUGCUAGGCAAAUCCCCGCCUUAUCUUAGCAGCACCCACCCGUAGUCUGCGCUCCAGCAGGUAUAUCUCACUGGUCAUUCCCAAAGCCAACACCUCCUUUGGCCGCCAUUCCUUCCAGUUCUCUGCUGCCAAUGACUGGAACGAAUUGCAAAAAUCUCUGAAGCUGGAGACUCUUAUCUCCCUCAAUAACUUUAAGCAUCAGUUGUCAGAGCACCUUACCGAUCACUGCACCUGUACACAGCCCAUCGGAAAUUAGCCCACCCAACUACCUCAUCCCUAUAUUGUUAUUUAUUUUGCUCUUUUGCACCCCAGUAACUCUAUUUGCACAUAAUCUCUUGCACAUCUAGCAUUCCAGUGUUAAUACUAUUGUAAUUAUUCUGCACUAUAGCCUAUUUAUUGCCUUACCUCCAUAACUUGCUACAUUUGCACACACUGUAUAUAUAUUUUCUGUUGUAUUUCUGACUUUAUGUUUUUUACCCCAUAUGUAACUCUGUGUUGUUUUUAUUGCACUACUUUGCUUUAUCUUGGCCAGGUCGCAGUUGUAAAUGAGAACCUGUUCUCAACUGGCUUACCUGGUUAAAUAAAGGUGAAAUAAAAAAAUUUAAAAAAAUUAAGGACUGGGGAGUUUUGCAGGAUAAAAAAGAAAGGGAAUGGAGCUAAGCACAGGCAAGAUCCUAGACAAAAACCUGGUUCAGUCUGCUUUCCACCAGACACUGGGAGAUUAAUUCACCUUUCAGCAGGACAAUAACCUACAACACAAAGCCAAAUCUACACUGGAGUUUCUUACCAAGAAGACAGUGAAUGUUCCUGAGUGGCCGAGUUACAGUUUUGACUUAAAUCUGCUUGAAAACCUAUGGCAAGGAACGGUGUUUCCUCCGACACAUUGGUGCGGCUGGCUUCCGGGUUAAGUGGGCGGGUAUUAAGGAGCGCGGUUUGGUGGGUCACGUUUCGGAGGACACAUUACUCGACCGUCGCCUCUCCCGAGCCCGUUGUGGAGUUGCAGCAAUGAGACAAGAUUGUAAUUGGAUCGCAAUUGGAUAUCACGAAAUUGGGGAGAAAAAGGGGGUAAUUUUUUAAACAAAUAAAAUAAGAAAUAUGGCAAGACUUAAAUGGUUGUCUAGCAAUGAUCAACAAUCAAUUUGACAGAGCUUGAAGAUUUUUAAAAAUAAUAAUGUGCAAAUAUCGUACAAUCGAGGUGUGCAAAGCUCUUAGAGGCUUACCUAGAAAGACUCACACCUGUAAUUGCUGCCAAAGGUGAUUAUAACAUGUAUUGACUCAGGGGUGUGAAUACUUAUGCAAAUUAGAUAUUUCUGUAUGUUGUGUAGAUGGGUGAGAAAAAAUCUAUUUAAUCCAUUUUGAAUUCAGGCUGUAACACAACAAAAUGUGGAUUAAGUCAAGGGGUAUGAAUACAUUCUGAAGGCACUGUAUCUGCACAUAUGUGACGUAGUACGCAAUUCUCGGGGAACACUUUUGGCUCGUGAGUGCUACUUUCAGAACUACUGGCAAAAAAGUAUACAAAAGUACAGAAGAAUCUCUUUAAUGUUUAACUAUUUUUUUUCUCUGAAAAAUAUAUUAUUUUAUCAAUUAAAUAAUGUUGCCUAUUGCAUUUACAACACAACAGUACAACAACAAAUCAAAAUACCCCAAAAAUAACUUGAAACAUAUGUUUUAAAUGCAAUAUAUUUUUAUUACUAUUCUAAAGAAAUUAAAUUACAAACAGAAAAUGGAAGUCUUCAAAGGUGGCAGUCUCCAUGUGAUCUCAUUUGGAGAUGUAAUAUCUGCAGCUUUUAUUCAAUAUCACUUGGUUUAAGAAGUAGUCCUCAGUCUUAAAUGACGCAAACCUCAGUGAGCCCAGACUGUGUGUAGCAGGGCUUCUCGGUUGCCUCGUAGUUGGAUGCCUCAGCAUUGUCAGAUACAACUUUGGCUAGCUUGGUGUCGAAUGGGUUCAAUGCCACCUGGAUGGCAGGCUCAGAGUCAGGCACAAGGAAGUUAUCUGGGAUGCUAGGCAGAGGCGGCUCACACUCUCUCAGGCUGACAGCACUCUUUCCAGGUCUCUUUUCCGACUCAGAUUUGUCCUUAGUGGAGAUGAACUCCUUUGACUUCUGCAACUCUUUUGCAGAAUCGUCAGAAAUGGGGGCACACUGUGGUGUGGAUGAUGCUUGUUUCAAACCAAACCGUGAAGAGAUGCUCUCCCGAACUCUGGAUGCCAGUGUCUGUGGUUCAGUGGUGGCUGGUUCCCUUUUCUUCAACCUGGCAGUGGCAAUAGCAUCAGAUCGCCUUCUAGCCUCCUUGGAGAUUCUCACAGCAUCAUAGAGAACCACUAUUACGAUGAAGCCAUAGAAAACGAGCCCCAAAAUCAGGUUCACCUUCACAAGUGGCUCGGAGUAAGAAGGGUCAGUCAAUAUGUUGACUCUGGGUUUGAUCUUCAGGGUGCUCUUCUGAGCUUUUGGAGCUGGAGCCUGAAGAUUUUCUUUGAAGACGUUGUUGUCACCUUGCAAUGCUUUUUGCUUGUAAGCCUGUAGAUAAGGAAUAAUUUUCUCCACAAUCAUCUGUGGGACUUUAGCUUUACCUGGGAAAGUAUCAUCUUUCAUCCUCUGAAGUUGUUCCAGCAUCUGGUCCACUUGCACCAUUUUGGUCCAUUUUGCAACAUUGGGGAUGUCCUGAACAGGGUGGUCCUUCACUGGCAUCAAAGGCUUGUGCUCUGGAACAGAAAUCAGGGGCUCUACAAGCUCCGAGGUCUCUUUAGAAUUUUUUGAGGAAUAUCCUUUUGUCAACUGGCCCACGUUACCUGGAGAAGAAUCGUCUUUCACUCGUAAACUCUUAAGUUGUUCCAGCAAUGACUUAAAAUUGGUCUCUUUUGUAGCAUCAGGGUUGUUCUGAACAGAGUGGUCCUUCACUGGCAUCAACGGCUUGUGCUCUGGAACAGAAAUCAGGGGCUCUACAAAGUCCGGGGGGUCUUUGACAUUUUUUGAGGAAUAUCCUUUUGUCAACUGGCCCACAUUACCUGGAGAAGAAUAGUCUUUCACCCGUAAACUAUCAACUUGUUCUUUUGUAGCAUCAGGGUUGUUCAGAAUAGGGUGGUCCUUCACUGGCAUCAAAGUCUUGUGCUCUGAAGACACCAACACAUUUGCAGCAACAGGCGAAAGGAGACAGAAAAUAACAGCCAACAAUAACAUCUUCAUGUUGCACAGCCCACCCUUCUGGGAGAGCUGUGCCAUUUUGAUUAAAGAAAUCGUCUUUCAAAAGUAGGCAGUACAAAUUACAAGUCAAACUACUAGUUGGCUAGCUGUGCUUUGUAAAAGUGAAUUGGGUUUACUGUUCACUGUCAAACAUACACAAGAUAUGGACCCAACAUGAUGUAAUAGAAGAAUCUGAUUAUAACAUCACGAGUUCCAGAAUGUUGUAACCUGCUCCUCAUUGUAUUCAUUAAUUCAGAUAAUUCAUUAAUUCAUCUCUUUGGAUACAUUUGGCAAUUAGUUUGACGUGCAGUCCCUGUCCCUAAACUGCUUUCUCCUACGACUUUGGCAAAUGCCCCCGUGACCUACAGCUCCUCAUAUACUACCAGGUCAUGGUAGUAUCUACACUGGUGCUGGUGCUUGCGAUGACCCAGCUAAUUAUGAGCUUUCUGACCCAGGGAGUGAGAGACUUUUUGUCCUUCCUCAUGGCCCGCACUGCCCCCCUGGAAACCAAAUGUUUAAAGACCUGGUACUUUGGUGACUAAGAAAGUAUUUUUUAAACCUCUCACUUUGGGCUGGAUGCUUCAAAGUCUAGUUCAUACAUGCAUAAUCUGAGGGAAGAAUUACUGUUCAGAGAGAGAGAGAAAUGAGAUUUUAUUUUUAUUUUGGCCCAUUCCUCCAUGCAGAUCUCCUCUAGAGCAGUGAUGUUUUGGGGCUGUCGCUGGGCAACACGCUUUCAACUCCCUCCAAAGAUUUUCUAUGGGGUUGAGAUCUGGAGACUGGCUAGGCCACUCCAGGACCUUGAAAUGCUUCUUACGAAGCCACUCCUUCGUUGCCCGGGCGGUGUGUUUGGGAUCAUUGUCAUGCUGAAAGACCCAGUCACGUUUCAUCUUCAAUGCCCUUGCUGAUGGAAGGAGGUUUUCACUCAAUCUCAAGUGUCUUUUAUACUGAUAACAAGUUCAAACAGGUGCCAUUAAUAUAGGUAACGAGUGGUGGACAGAGGAGCCUCUUAAAGAAGAAGUUACAGGUCUGUGAGAGCCAGAAAUCUUGCUUGUUUGUAGGUGACCAAAUACUUAUUUUCCACCAUAAUUUGCAAAUAAAUUCAUUAAAAAUCCUACAAUGUGAUUUUCUGGAGAAAAAAAAUCUAAAUUUGUCUGUCAUAGUUGACGUGUACCUAUGAUGAAAAUUACAGGCCUCUCUCAUCUUUUUAAGUGGGAGAACUUGCACAAUUGGUGGCUGACUAAAUACUUUUUUCCCCCACUGUAUAUACAGUAAUAUACACUACCGGUCAGAAGUUUUAGAACACAAUUUUUCCAGUUUGUAUUGAAAUUCACACAGUUUAAUGUCUUAAUGUACUCUGAAAUUAAAGCAUAUAACAAAUAAACAAUUGGAGACAAAAUAAUAAUGGAAUCAUUUUGUUUAACAAAAUGUAAUCUACAUUUUUGACGCUUUGUAGGUUGCUUUGCUUUCACCCUUCUGCCCAGUUCAUCCCAAACCAGCUGGAUGGGGUUAAAGUCUGGAGACUGUUCUGGCCAUUCCAUGAUUUGAAGCCUACCGUCUUAUUUUCUUCUAAGGUAGUUCUGACAGCCUGGAGGUAUGUUCUGGGUCAUUAUCUUGCUGUAGGAACCCCUGAUCAACUAGGCGUACACUAAAUGGUAUUGCAUGGCGCUGCAAAAUGCUGUGGUAGCCGUUCUGGUUCAGGGUGCCACUCAUUCUGUGCAAGUCGUCGACUCUGGAUCCAGCAAAAGAGCACCAGACCAUCAGGCUUCCUCCUCCAUGUUUGACAGUUGGUGUCACACAUUGAGGAACCUUCCUUUCGCCUACUCUACUAGCUUGGAAAAACCCUGCGUGAUAAACCGAAGAUUUCACAUUUUGAUUAAUCGGUCCAUAAGACCUUCCAGUCUUCAGUAGUACACUGGCUGUGCUUCAUGGUCCGGGCAAGCCUCUUCUUCUUAUUUUUCCAUCUUAGUAAUGGCUUUCUUACUGCCACUCCACCUGUCAAACCUGCAGCUUGAAGUCUUCUCUUCACAGUUGAAACUGAGACUUGCUUACUUCGACAAGUGUUAAGCUGUGCUUGAAGCUGUUGUCCUGUGAGCCGCCUAUCAUGCAAGCUGUUGACUCUCAGAAACUUGUCUUCUGACUCUGUUGUGGCUUUGUGUCUGCCAGACCUAUUCCUGUCAGUUUCCUCCAGUUUCCAACUAAUAAUAAUAAUAUUAAUAGUGCCUUUUGAUGGUGUAGGAAACUGUACUCACUGACACCUUGGCUUUCUUUGUAAUUUCUCUAAAGACCUACACCUUUAAGGGUUAUAAUGGUCUGUCUUCCUUUGUUAAUUGCCCUUUUCUCGCCAUUAUGAUAGCAGUAUACUACUUCCUGCAGUACAAUACUGUCCAAAUAAUCCUUAAGAGGGUGAAGUAACACAGUCUGUUCCAACACUGCUUUUAUACAGACAGAGGGUUUGUAAGUAAUCAACAAAAGUUGGAACACCUGUAGGAAUUGUUAGCAUCAACUUUCAAGGCUUAAAUUUUAUAUAAAAUUGGAAAAAUGGGUGUUCUAAAAUUUGACUGGUAGUGUACACUAACUAUACAAUACAUGACUGUCGGUCUCUGUAGGCUGCAGUCUGAAGCAGUUGGACCUGGACAGCUGUACUCUGUCAGAAAUCCUGAGGCUGCACAUCCUAGCAUCGGGGGCCGACUGUAACUCCACCAACACCAAGUUUCGCUACCAGAAACAGGGAGGCUUCGGCUCUACAGACGACCCCUGUGUUGAACUGAGACUGGCCAACCCCGCUCUGAUCAAGAGGCUGUCCUGCACUGCUGUCUACGACCUGCUGCCAGGUGAGACUGACACACACACACAUACACACACACACACCGAUUUGAAGCCACAUGACUUGGGGAAACACUGGAGUGAUCAUACAGGGUAACGCCUUGUGUAAUGUAUCUGUGGUGUUCUGUCCAAGGUGAGAAGCUGAAGAUCCUCCAUGCUCUGUGUGGGAAGCUGCUGACUCUGGUGUCUACCAGGGACUUCAUAGAGGACAGCGCUGACGAGCAGAGACAGGCCAAGCAGGAGCUCAGGGAACUGAAGGCUGAGCAGCACCGCAGAGAGAGGGAGGAGGCUGCCAUCAGAGUCCGCAAGAGGAAGGAGGAGAAGUUGAAAGAACAGGAGAUGAAACUGAAAGAGCUGAAAGAGAAACAUGAAAAGCUGCUUGAAGAGGAAGGAAGAAAUGGCAACAUGAAGACUGAAGAAAUGAACACCAGCACUGAGAGCCAUGGGGAAGAUAAGACCGAGGAUGAGGAGGAGCAGGCUACCAACAGCAAGACUAAGAAGCGUAAGUAAUAGCCUUCAGUCCUCUUACCCUAGAUUUACAUACUACUAGCAAUCCUAGAAGGCUUUCACAUAGUGUGACUCGAUCAAUUGUUGUGGUGAACAGUAACAUUUAUGGGCUUUUGUCUGGGAAUGUUUUGGAACGGGAAUGUUCAAUAAGUUCUACAUUGUUCUAUGUUCUGUGGUCCAGUUCUAUAUGCAGUCAACUAUUUUCCCCUCUGGUUAGUCUCAUUAUUGCCAUUCUAACACAGACCUUUGAUUUCACCCAUAGAGGAAGGCAGCAAUCCCAAGGAGAAUCAGCCUAAAGAGGUGAGCCCAGGCCUGAGCCCAGAGGAGCUUGCUCAGCAGCAGCAGAGGGAGAAGGAGCUCCAGGAGAGGAUUCAGAAGGCUGCAGCCUGCACCUACAUCCUCCCCCUGGGGCGCGACCGCCUCUACCGCCGCUACUGGCUUUUCCCUUCCACAUCAGCCCUCUUCGUGGAGGACGACUACUUCGGCCUGACAGAGGACAUGCUGGAACCCCAGGAACCGACCUUGGAGACCCAGGAACAGGAGCCAGCCAAGGCUGAGUGGAUGGAGGUGUCUCCGAACGAGGCCAGAGAACCAGAGGACCUCUCGCAUACAGGCUGUACCCCAGGCCCUGACUCCAAACCUGUCCUGCCAGCCCCUGUGCAGAGCAGCUCUGCUCCCCCAGUGAACCGUCCUAACCAGUGGACCUUCUACAGCAGCCUCCAGGAGGUGGAAGCGCUGAUUGAGGCCCUGAACCCACGGGGCCACAGGGAGAGCAGCCUGAAGGAGGCCCUGGUUCAGGAGAAGGAACGUAUCGCACAGCUCCUCGGUACCGCUGCUGCAGCUGACCGCUACCACCACACAGGUACUGACUACUGCAGUCUACCAGACUAUAGAGGAGAGGCCUCUGGCUAGAGCAUCUUGAUCCAAAAGGCCAAUCAAUCAAAUGUAUUUAUAUAUAUAUCUUUCUAACAUCAACAGGGCUGCAUUCUGAUAUUUGUUUCACUAAUUGGUCUAAAGAUCUGAUGUGAUUGGUCUAAACAUCAAUUAAGCCUUGUUCACACUGUAGGCCUUAAUGAUCAAAUCUGUUUUGGAAUACCGACUGUCCAAAUGGCAAGUUACAAGUGACCAAAUCAGUGUUUGUGUUCAGACAGCAGUCAUUUGCUGACAUGGCUACGGUAGUAGCGACGGGUGUGUGCGCAGUGGUGGUCCUGCUUCUUAUCACUCAGGAGUUAUGUGGCAAGCUAAGGCGACAACGUUUCCCAGUUGCUUUGACUGUUUCAAAAUCAUAGUGUAAGAACACUUUUAAAGCCUCAAAGGAUAAGAUGAUCCAACUUUCAAUACGAGUCUGUUUUGGCUAUCCACAGCAGUCAAUUAUCCAUCUAGGUACCUGUUUAGCUUUCUGGCAAUGAACAAGCUAGUUCGCCACCAUAUGUUCUUCUCAAACUGUCAACAGAGUAUCUAGCAAGGCCAGUCGCAUUGCCAGGAAUCAGAUUUGUAUCUGAUUUCAAACCACCUACGAAGGUGGUUAGAAAUGUAGCUUGAAAUAUCCGAUUCCAUGUGCUUUUUGGCUGUUCAGACUGAAGGAAAAAGAACAGUUUCGAAUCGGAUUUGCCAAAAUUUUUGAUUUGAGUCACUUCAAACUGCCAAUGUGAACAAGGCAAUAUCAGAAUUGGGCUGCCUGUGUAAACACAGCCCAGUUGUCACUGACUCCAUAUGGACUCUGGUCCACUGGUUUGUUUGUCUCACUGCACUUCAGCUGACAAUCACUUCAGGAGUGAUUGAUUGCUCAUACUGUAUGUUUGGGAUAUUCACUGUUUUGCCUAUUUCUGUUUUUUUGUUUGCAGAUAUUAAACCAGAGGCUGGUGGUAGCAAAGUGGUCUCGGCCAAGUCCAAGGCUGCCCCUGCUCCUCUCCCAGAGGGCACAGCGGCUCCUGCUGAGAACUUCAUGGGCAACAGGCUGAGAGACCUGCUGCUAGAUAUAGAGGACCGCAUCUACCAGGGUACACUGGGCCAAAUCAAGGUUAGGAGUAGUGGUGGCUAUUCGGCGUGAUAAAUGUACAAUAGGGUGGGGGUAAGGUAGAUGUCUGAUGGGGAGAAAAUGUCCGGUGGGGCAGGUAUCUGACUAGUGGUGGCUAUUCAGCAGCCUGAUGGUCUGGGGGUAGAAGCUAUUAGUCAAUCUGUUACUAGAACAGGCUGUGGCUCUGGUGGCUGAGGUCCCUGAUGAUCUUCUUGGCCUUGCUGCGAUGCCUGGUAUUGUAGGUGUCCUGGAGGGCAGGCAGUGUGCACCCAAUGGUGCGUUCGUCUGAGCGUACCACCCUCUGUAGUGCCUUGCGGUCAGCGGAGGUGGAGUUGCCGUACCAGACUGUGAUUCAGCCGGACAGUAUGCUCUCGAUGGUGCUCCUGUAGAACACUGAGUGUUUCUUGGGGACAGGCCCGAAUUUCUUCAGCCUCCUGAGGUUAGUCGCUGUCCCUUCAGUGUCCAUGUGGUUUGACCCCGUUGGUGAAGAUGGGGGCGUGCCCAGCCUGGGUACUCCUGAAGUCCACAAUCUGCUCCUUUUUGUUUUGCUGAUGUUGAGGGAGAGGUUGUUUACCUGGCACCACACCGUCAGUGCGUACCUCCUGCCUGUAGUAUGUCUAUGGUAUGUCGGGGCGUUAGGCGAAUUGGAGAGGGUUGAGUGUGUUGAGGAGGUGAUGUAGUCUUUGACUAACCUCGAAGCACUAUAUGACUGAAGUGAGUGCUACGGGUCGGUAGUCGUUCAGUUGCUUUCCUUUUCUUGGGCACGGGGAUGAUGGUGGACAUCUUGAAGCAGGUGGGGAUAACGGCCUGAGCUAGAGAUUGAAAAUGUCUGAACACAACAGCUAGCUGGUCUGCACGUGCUCUGAGGGCGCGGCUUGGGAUGCCGUCUGGGCUGGCAGCCUUGCGACGGUUAACGUUUGAAUGACUUGCAUACGUGCCCCGUGGCGAUCGUAAGCACGUAACCCUCGUUGUCCUCAGGGGCUCUCCUCGGCAGCUCAGUCGUUUUGCUCGAAGCGUGAGGAAAAAUUUGUUUAGCUCUUCCGGUAGGGCGCGUUGGUAUCCGCGACUUGACUGGCUUUCUUUUUGUAAUCCGUGAUCGUUAGAAGCCCCUGCCACAUACACCUCAUAUCCGACCCGCUGAAUUGCUCCCCCACUUUGUCCCAUACUUGCCUAGCCAUCUUGAGCGAUCUGCGUAGGUGGUAUUUGUACGGUUUAACCAUACAACCCAGUCACCUUGGUGUUUAUAAGCAGCAUCUCUCUCCUUCAGUUUCCAGACAAGGCUGCCAUCAAUCCACGGUUUUUGAUUCGAAUACGUUUUGAAAGACGCCAUUGGUAUCACAUCUAUGCGUUUCAAAACAGUCUUGGAGCAUGGAUUCUGGUUGGUCAGACCAGCGCUGUACAGACCUGAACACCAGAACUUCCCCCUUGAGUCUUUGUAGGUGGGAAGGAGCAAAAUGAAGGCCUGGUCAUAUUUGCCGAAAGGAGGACGGGAGAUGGCCUUACACCCAUGUCAAAAAGGUGCGUAGCAGUGGUCCAGCAUAGAACCUCUGCGAGUUGGACAGUCAGUCAAUGUGUUGAUAGUAAUUCGGGACCACUUUCUCAAAUUACACUGAGCAAAAGGUAUGUGGACACCUGCUCGUCGAACAUCUCAUUCCAAAGUCAUGGGCAUUAAAUGGAGUUGGUCCCCCCUUUGCUGCUAUAAUAGCCGCAACUCUUCUGGGAAGGCUUUCCACUAGAUGUUGGAACAUUGCUGCGGGGACUUGCUUCCAUUCAGCCACGAGCAUUAGUGAGGUCAGGCACUGAUGUUGGGCGAUUAGGCCUGGCUCGCAGUCGGCGUUCCAAUUCAUCCCAAAGGUGUUUGAUUGGGUUGAGGUCAGGGCUCUGUGCAGGCCAGUCAAGUUCUUCCACACCGAUCUCGACAAACCAUUUCUGUAUGGACCUCACUUUGUGCACGGGGGCGCAUUGUCAUGCUGAAACAGGAAAGGGCCUUUCCCAAACUGUUGCCACAAAGUUGGAAGCACAGAAUCGUCUAUAAUGUAAUUGUAUGCUGUAGCGUUAAUAUUUCCCUUCACUGGAACUAUGGGGCCUAGCCCGAACCAUGAAAAACAGCCCCAGACCAUUAUUCCUCUUCCACAAAACUUUACAGUUGGCACUAUGUAUUGGGACAGGUAGCGUUCUCCUGACAUCCGCCAAACCCAUUCUACUGCCAAUGUUUGUCUAUGGAGAUUGCAUGGCUGUGCUCGAUUUUAUACACCUGUCAGCAACGGGUGUGGCUGAAAUAGCCCACUCCAGUAAUUUGAAGGGGUAUCCACAUACUUUUGUGUGUGUAUGAACGCAACAUGUAAUGUUGGUUUCAUGAGCUGAAAUAUAAGAUCCUAGAAAAUGUCCAUACACACAGCUUAUUUCUCUCAAAUUUGGUGCACAAAUUUGUUUACAUUCCUUUUAGUGAGUAUUUCUCCUUUGCCAAGAUAAUCCAUCCACCUGACUGGUGUGGCAUGUCAAUGAACUGAUUAAACAGCAUGAUCAUUACACAGGGGCACCUUGUGCUGGGGACAAAAGGCCUCUCUAAAAUGUGCAGUUUUGUCACAACACAAUGCCACAGAUGUCUCAAGUUUUGAGGGAGCGUGCAUUUGGCAUGCUGACUGCAGGAAUGUCCACCAGAGCUGUUCCCAGGGAAUUGAAUGUUCAUUUCUCUACCAUAAGUCGCCUCCAUCGUCAUUUUAGAGAAUUUGGCAGUGCGUCCAAACGGACUCAACCGCAGACCACGUGGAUGGCGUCAUGUUGGGUUAUGGUAUGGGUAGGCAUAAGCUACAGACAACGAACAAAAUUGCAUUUUAUCGAUUGUAAUUUGAAUCCACAGAAAUACCAUGACGAGAUCCUGAGGCCCAUUUCUUUUAAGGUAUCUGUGACCAACAGAUGCAUAUAUUUAUUCCCAGUCAUGUGAAAUCCAUAGAUUAGGACCUAAUUUAUUUAUUUAAAUUGACUGAUUUUCCUUAUGAACUGUAACUCAGUAAAAAUCUUUUGAAAUUGUUGCAUGUUGUGGUUAUAUUUUUGUUCAGUAUACUUUUGUUGAAGUCCCCCGUGACAAUGAAUGCUGCCUCCGGGUACGGGGUCUCCAGCUUGUUCAAGGUCCAAUGAAGAUCUUUUAUAUUUUUGGUUUCUGCUUGGGGUGGGAUCUAUACAGCUGUGGCGAUAAUCCCUGAGAUCUCUAUCUCUCAGAAGGUAAAAAGGGUGACAUUUGAUGAUCAAGUAUUCCAAGUCGGGUGAGCAGAAGUUCCUGUAGAUUUCCCAAUUACACCACUUGUUAUUGGUCAUAAAGCAGAGCCCUCCGCCUUUGUUCUUGCCAGAGAGCCCUCUUCCUAUCUGCUGAUGAACUGUAAAACCCGCUGGUUGUAUAUAAUCUGUAUGUAUACCAGGGUGCAAAGGUACACUGGCUCUGAUUGGUCAAAAGCUAUUUUUUCUGAUUGUAUUAUUUCACAUAGUAAUACAGUUGAGGCAGCAUGAAAUCAGUUCUUCAUUCUUAGUAAUGAUUAGGUAUUUACACUGUAUUUGACAAGGUAAGGAAUUAGCUGUUAUGAGGAACUGUGAUAUAUGUUUUUAUUUAUAUACAGUGGUAGGCAGAAUUUAAGAAUUUAAUCUGAAUGCAUUCCAAUUUUCCUCCCAAACUUUAAAAACUAACAUGUAAUUUUCAGUGAAUGAAAACAUUGGGGAUUAUUGUCUGACAUCUCUGGUUGGUCAUGUAUUGUAGGUGAUGGAGAGGAGUGCAUGGAGGAAAGCACUGGAGGAAGGCCACUAUGAACUACUGAGCCCUGAGUUAAAGGAGAAUGGUGUUGGGAAAGGCGAGAACGGUGACGUGGAGAAAAUGGAAAUAAAUGAUAACUUGAAAAAAAGACAGGUAAAUGCUGUACAUUCACUGCAUCAUGACCUGAAUUGUGUACUACUCUCUGUCAUAUUGUGCACCAAGAGGUUAGCUAGAUAUAAUGAAUGGUUACAUUGAUGAAUUAUCUUUACGUCUGAUAAAAAUACAUAGCUACCAUAUACUUAAAUGGGUUUGGUGUUUGUUCAUGCUAUAUAUUUUAUCUGCAAAGUACACUAUACAGUGCAUUCAAAGUAUUCAGACCCCUUGACAUUUGCCACAUUUUGUUACGUUACAGCCUUAAUCUAAAAUGGAUAAGUAGUUUUUUUCCCUCAUCAAUCGACACACAAUACCCCAUAAUGACAAAGCAAAAACAGUUUUUUUUGACGUUUUAGCAAAUGUAUAAUAAAAAAACGAUUGAAAUAUCACAUUUAUGUAAGUAUUCACACCCUUUACAUUCAUAGACUUGUCCCGAAGCCACUCCUGCGUUGUAUUGGUUGUGUGCUUAGGGUCGUUGUCCUAUUUUAAGGUGAACCUUCGUUCCAGUCUGAGGUUCUGAGCGCUCUGGAGCAGGUUUUCAUCAAGGAUCUCUGUACUUUGCUCCGUUCAUCUUUCCCUCGAUCCUGACUAGUCUCCCAGUCCCUGAUGCUGAAAAACAUUCCCACAGCAUGAUGCUGCCACCACCAUGCUUCACCCUAGGGAUGGUGCCAGGUUUCCUCCAGACGUGACGCUUGGCAUUCAGGCCAAAGAGUUCAAUCUUGGUUUCAUCAGACCAGAGAAUCUUGUUUCUCAUGGUCUGGGUGUCUUUAGGUGCCUUUUGGCAAACUCCAAGCGGGCUGUCAUGUGCCUUUAACUGAGGAGUGGCUUCCGUCUGGCCACUCUACCAUAUAGGCCUGAUUGGUGGAGUGCUGCAGAGAUGGUUGUCUUCUGGAAGGUUCUCCGAUCUCCACAGAGGAACUCUGGAGCUCUGUCAGUGACCACCGGGUUCUUGGUCACCUCCCUGACCAAGGCCCUUCUCCCCCGAUUGCUCAGUUUGGCUGGGCGUCCAGCUCUAGGAAGACUUGGUGGUUACAACACUUACUACUGAGUUUGAAACAGUCUCGGGUAAGCAACGUCAGCACAAUAACUGUUCGUCUGGAGCUUCAUGAAAUGGGUUUCCCUGGCAGAGCAGCCGCACACAAGCCUAAGCAACCGCACACAAUGCCAAGCAUCGGCUGGAGUGGUGUAAAGCUCGCCACCAUUGGACUUUGGAGCAGUGGAAACGCGUUCUCUAGAGUGAUGGAUCGCGCUUUACCAUCUGGCAGUCCGACGGACGAAUCUGGGUUUGGCAGAUGCCAGGAGAACACUACCUGCCCCAAUGCAUAGUGCCAAUUUCAAAGUUUGGAGGAGGAAUAAUGGUUUGGGCUAGGCCCCUUAGUUCCAGUGAACAUAAAUCUUAACACUACAGCAUUUAAUUACAUUCUAGACAAUUCUGUGCUUCCAACUUUGGCAACAGUUUGGGAAAGGCCCUUUCCUGUUUCAGCAUGACAAUGCCCCUGUGCACAAAGCGAGGUCCAUACAGAAAUGGUUUGUCGAUCGGUGUGGAAGAACUUGACUGGCCUGCACAGAGCGAUGACCUCAACCCCAUCAAACGCCUUUGGGAUGAAUUGGAACGCCGACUGCUAGCCAGGCCUAAUCGCCCAACAUCAGUGCCCGACCUCACUAAUGCUUGUGGCUGAAUGCUGCGUGGACCUGCUUCCAAUGUUCCAACAUCUAGUGGAAAGCCUUCCCAGAAGAGUUGCAGCUGUUAUAGCAGCAAAGGGGGGACCAACUCCAUAUUAAUGCCCAUGAUUUUGGAAAUGAGAUGUUCGACAAGCAGCUGUGUCCAGAAAGCAUAGGAUCAGUAAAAAAGCAUCUCUUUCUUCUUCACCAUGUGCAGGUUACAGGUUUCAUUGGUCAGGUUACAGGAGCUUAGCUCAGCUAUAGGUUAGCUAGAUAUAAGGAAUAUGGUUACAUUGAGUUAAUUGAGAAAAGGCGUAGGUACCAGACAUGUACAAAUUUGAUGUUUGAAUAGAGAAGCUCAUGUCCUCAAAUGGCAACAGCUGGUACAAUAAGACUUUCAAAUUCCACAUAGCUUUCUAUUUUCUUUACUCUAUAAUUAUUUUAUCCCCACUAUCUUUGACUCCCAGAGGAAGCGAAGUCUAAGUUUAACACCAUCUCUCUCAACAUGUCUGCUCCAUGUUGUUACAGGUUACAGGUGUCAUUGUUCAGGGUACAGGAGCUGAAGGGGGAGUGUAUGAGCGCUGCCUCCACCAGCCCCAGCACCCCUCAGCUGGUCAACAACACUGUCCACUACCUGGCUCAGGCCCUGGCCCACAUCCAACAGGGAAUCGAGAGGAAGUUCCUCAAGGCUCCGCUGGGUAGGCCAGCAAAACUCACAUAACACCUUCCUGUAGAGAAGCGGUGUUGUCCCUAUGGCACCCUAUUCCCUUUAUCAGUGCACCAUUUUUGACCAGAGCCCAUAGGGAAUAGGGUGUCAUUUUGGGCGCAGUGUGCACACUUAAAUCAUUGUGAAUUGUAGUAACUUUGAGAUCCAGAUUGAGACUAUUCCUGGAAGAAAAAAUGUCAAUUGAGACUCUCUAAUGCUUUUUAGUCCAAGUUUAGGUCAAGCUUUUGGUGACAGAGACCUUUCAGAGCAUCUCAUAACAGACCUUAACUGCAAGCCUGGCAGGGAAUAAGUGGCACCUGUGAUUUAAUGUGUGCUCAGACCUGUAUUUUUCACACACUAAACUGGUCAUUAGAAAGGUCCAUGCUUAUUACAUAGAAAGGUCCAUGCUUAUUACAUUUUAGUGUUUAGAGCUGUUAAUUAUAUGCUUGACGUGCAAAUUGGUAUCUCUUGUGGACUGUCAUGGCAAACCAGUGCCUCACCUUUAUUAUGUUAUCCCCUCAACAGGAGAUGAAGACUCUAAAAAGGACCAGAAGGCAAAGAAGAAAGACAAGAAGAAAGAUGAGGAUCAAAGCAGUGAAGGUAAGGAUGAUGAAGGCAUAACGGAUUUGAUGGUCACCCUCUACCCGGUCUCUUUUGCUGUGUGUGUGUGUUACCUCAAUGAGACUAACCUCAAAUAAGAACAAUAUAAUAACACAAUAUGUACACUGUGUACAAAACAUUAGGAACACCUUUCUAGUAUUGAGUUGCACUCCCUUUUGCCCUCAGAACAGCCUCAAUUCGUCAGGGCAUGGACUCUACAAGGUGCUGAAAGCGUUCCACAGGAAUGCUGGCCCACGUUGACUCCAAUGCUUCCCACAGUUGUGUCAAGUUGGCUGAAUGUCCUGUGGGUGGUGGACCAUUCUUGAUACACACAGGAAACUGUUGAGUGUGAAACCCAGCAGCGAUGCAGUUCUUGACACUCAAACCGUUGCGCCUGGCACCUACUACCAUACCUCGUUCAAAGGCAGUUAAAUAUUUUCUUGCCCAUUCACCCUCUAAAUGGCAUACAUUCACAAUCCAUGUCUCAAUUGUCUAAAGGCUUAAAAAGCCUUCUUUAACCUGUCUCCUUCCCAUCAUCUUCACUGAUUUUGAAGUGGAUUUAACAAGUGACAUCAAUAAUGGAUCAUGGCAUUCACCUGAUCAGUCUGUCAUGGAAAGACAGAGCUGGUGUUCCUAAUGUUUUGUACACUCACUAUAUGUCUGUCCCCUCUCCCCUCAGGUGGCUGUGACAGUGGUGGGUUGGUGAAGACUAUUGACUAGUGUUGUAGAUGAUGGAGAGGAAUGCUCCAUCCUAUGAUAUGUCUGACUAUGUUUCUGACCCUCUCAGGAGGUAGUGACAGUGGUCGGGUGGUGAAGACUGUCCAGGAGCGUUGGAUGGAGUCUCUGCUGGGCUGUUCCAGCCUGUCCCAGGUCUUCCUCCACCUCUCCACCCUGGAGCGCAGUGUCAUCUGGGCCAAGUCUCUACUCAAUGCCCGUUGUAAGGUCUGUCGCAGGAAGGGAGAUGCAGAAAACAUGCUCCUGUGUGACUGUUGCGACAGAGGACACCACAUCCACUGUGUCCGCCCCAAACUCAAGGUAGGAUGGAUUAUGCUUUUCUUCACACAUGGGGUUGGAUGACGUCAACCUUUGUGCUAUGGUGAUUAGGUACCCAUAAAACAUUUUGAUAUAUGAUGGUAUCGCCCCCUAUUGGUCAACCAGUCAUGUCUUGUUUUUUUUUACGAUGGCUGAAAAGGACAGCUAGCGCAAACUCAUGCUACAGGAGGGGUGAGGGGAAUCAUGGCAAAAUAUAUUUUUGAGCCAUUUUAUUUUAUAGCAUAUUCCUCUCUGUUGGAGCUGUGGCAUGACUGAGGUGUGUGUCUGGCUGUAGCGUGAUGGGGUUGUAAAAUCAUGAAGGGGCCAGCUGCAGAGCAUGCAACUCUGCUGUCCCCAGAACUGGAUAAUAUUCAAUGAUUUGCAUCUUCCUUUCAUUAGGCCUAGGCUUCUAUAUAUUGUAGGUAGGUUGAAGCCUACAUAGCCAAUGAUAAGCUAUGGAAAUGUGCCUACUCUACACAUUUCUUUCAUAAGCUUUGCUCAGCUGUACUUAAAAAAUAUAUUUUUAACUUCUCAUUAGGUUUUUCCAUUUUGAUAUUGUUUGGUCAAUUUCACUUCUUGUUGCCUGAAAUGUCAUUCAAAAUAAAGCUGUGAUACAGAAUCACCCAUAGACAGACUUUCACAAUUGUUCCUUUUUGACAGCUGCAAAUUUAGGACAUUAAACACUUUUAGAAUAGCCUAUUUGGGAAAUACUCUACUUAACUUUAACUUGUCUUAAUGCUUUGAUAGGCUAUUUUAAUUAGGAUUGAGCUUUUGGCUGUUUUGGUUCACAACGGCACGGAGGGAAGCAUGCUUUUAUGUUUUGCUCAACUGUAAGGUUUGUUCAAACUACUCGUUAUGUUUUUUUAUCUUGCUAUUGUUCGUUCUACCUCUCUCAUUAUUACCUUAGGCCUGUCGUUUUUAGGUUGUAUGUAUUGAUAUGUAGGCUAAGUGUGCCUUUUGAGGUACAUAUAAAUAAAUAAAUAAAUAAAUAAAUAAAUUGGUCAUUUAGCAGACGCUCUUAUCCAGAGCGACUUACAGGAGCAAUUAGGGUUAAGUGCCUUGCUCAAGGGCAGGUCGCUGGUUCUAAUCCCAGAGCCGACUAGGUGAAAAAUCUGUCAGGUAGGGGUAAAGUGACUAGGUAACAGGAUAGAGUACAGUAGCAUCAAAUGUCUGCUGCAGAGGGACAAGGGAGCCAUGAGAAAACGAGUUACCAGUCAGUCAACUUCGGUACAACAUACUAUGAGUGGCAUUCUCUAGACUUCGGUUGAAGGAUCUACAAUUACACCUGACAAGGACAAAGAAAUCCACGCCUCGCUGGAAGCCCCGCCUUCCACAGAUAAGAGGCUCGGAUUCAUUCCUUCAAUCAUUCCACACUUUACCUCGAUGUGAACAGGAACGAUUCACUCUACUAAAACAAACAACUGGAUUGUACAUUGUACCAACUAAACUGUCCCAUAGUGGUAGAGCGUGCUCACCCCAUGGACGUUGAGUGCUGAAGGUUGUACUUGUGCUCAUAAGUUUUCUAAUCACAAACAAUUAGUUAUUCUUCAGUUUGUUGGUGCAAUGAGUAAGAUGGCUAAGAAAACGACCGCAAAGACUAUGGCUAAGCCAGGUUCGGGGUCGAGAUCAUGCCCCCUGUCAUAGGGUUAUAGCAUUUCUCUGAAAGCUACUCGUGCUCUGUGUAGUUUGUCUCUGCUUGGAGCACGCUCAGGCGGCCCUCGCUCGAACCAGUCUGUGUGCGCAUUGCCACGUACUGCGCACAAACUCGCUGGAAAGACGUGUAGAAUUCUUCGACUUUGCUUUUCCGGGUGCCGGUACCUUGACUGGGACAGAGGUGCAGGAAGUGUAGAUGGAUUGGGUGGCCAACGCAAAUAUCUUGUCUGCCUGGGCGUGGGGCAUGCAGUGGCUGCCUACGCCUAACCCCUCUCCGGUGAGCUCUGUCGCUGGUUAUGGGAGGCUAUUUGAAGAGAGCGAGCAGAGCGGCCAGGGACCUCCCCGCCGCCCGUGUGCCUCGGUCAAGCACCACUUGUUUCUCUUCCUAGACUUGUUGAUGAAGGGUCCGGUCCCAUCUCGGUGAGCCGGUCCUACGUUGACUUUCAAGACCGGGCUAGCUAAACGAGCGCUGCAUAGCGUGCUAGCAUUUUUAGCAAUUACUAGCUAUUCCUGCCUCACCACGGUGUUGCUGGGGUAGCGUUCUUGUUUAGUGUAUGUAGCGUUAAGUCGCUUGCGUGUUCUAUACAUUUUUUUACCCUCAUUCUCCCAAUUUUCAAUUACGAUCUUGUCUCAUCGCUGCAACUCCCCAACGGGCUCAGGAGAACCGUGCUCCUUAACACCCGCCAGCUUAACCCGGAAGCCAGUCGCACCAAUGUGUCAGAGGAAACACCGCUCAACUGGCGACCAGGGUCAGCCUGCAGGCACCUGGCCCGUCAUAAGGAGUCGCUAGGGUGCGAUGAGCCAAGUAAAACCCCAUGGGCAAAACCCUCCCCUAACCUGGACGAUGCUGGACCAAUUGUGCGCCGUUCUAUUGGACUCCCGGCCACGGCUGGUUGUGGCACAGCCCAGGAAUUAAUCUGGGUCUAGAGUAACGCCUCGAGCACUGCCUUAGACCACUGCGCCACUCUGGAGGCCCUCACUUGCUUAUUCUAAACAGACCGUGCUGCGGUCAGAGGCUAGCUAGCCUAGUUUAUGCUAAAAAGCCUCCUGGCUAACGUUGGCUAGCGUACUUAACUUCCGGCGAGUGAAACUUACUAGCUUUCCCCCGGCGUUAUGGCAACCCCAUUCCUAUUUUCAGUUUCUGGAGUUGGAGGGGGUGAAGGAAACUGGGUUUGCGUGCUCCUCCGAUGAAGCAGCCCCCUGAGCACUUGCCUGGGGUAACCCCCGGAGCAAGUGGCCUUGGCACGUGUCGGAGUGACCAGUGUGUCCCUCUGCAAAAACACUACUGUGACAAGUGCCCCCACGUUUGGCAAACUGGGUACUAUGUCAGCCAUUGCCAGAGCCCCCUGUGCCCGUGAAGGGGCCGGCCUUCAUGCAGGCUAUACAGUCUCAUGGCAGCACAACGUAUGUUGGAAGCUUGUCCAUAUUUAAUGCUGCCCCCACUUUCCACGGUGAUCACAGGGUUGAAGGGGUAAUAAAAUCUCCCCAGUGUGAGAGUGACUAGUUGUCACUGUCUACAAGGGGGUGCCCCUUCCCCAUAGGGUUCUCAUUGCUGAUUCCUGCCUAGCUGACUAGUCCCUAUGAGGUGUCUAGUGAUACAGCUUAUGUGCUCUAUAGGCGGUUAGUUGUUUGUAGUCGAGGGAACAAGCAGGGUUGGACAACCACUCUUUUAUCCCACACGCAGUCUCUGUGGUUCAUAUGAGCCCCCAAAUGAGCUGUCUGUCUCCAGCUCAACACUUUUAAUUCCUGGGAAUUAGAUUCAAUUACAAAUCGCCCUGUCUGUUACAACAGAAGGGGUCCGUUUUUCAGAGCCGUCUGUCCCAUUACCAGCUAGGUUACAAGGCACAUUGUUGCCGGUACGUCUAUUUUUAAUGCGUGCGGUCCAGCGCUGGGUGCCAGCUGGUUACCGUAACGAAUUUUACCGCCUAAACCGACUCGUUGUGACAACUGUACCCCCAAGUUGCACGGCCAAUGGGAGUAUGUCACUCAUCCCUGGAGCCCAUGUACCCAGAGUGAGCCGGGCUUUAGGCAAACCUUGGCAGAACAUUUUCCAACCGAGUUCCACAGUGUUCACGGGUGUUAAAUGUUGUGUUCCUUCUCCAUGUUCAGACAUGGUUGUCAAGAGUGGUGGAAAUGGAAGAAGAACCAGUCUCGCUGUCUGCUCUGACCAAUGGCGCACAUGCGCAGUGUCGCCCUGGAACAUGCGAUCAGUGACGUCAGGGUACAGGCUACAAUUUGUUGCGCGUCCCCAACACUUCUACAGCGUCAUCACGUCGACUGUUCCCGAGGCCUCAGUGCCCGUUCUGAGGGAGGAAAUAUCCUCCUGUCUCCAGAAGCAGGCAAUCCGAGUGGUUCCUAUGUCGAAGAUCUGGGACUGCUGGUAUUCCUGGUUACAAAAAGGGAUGGGACUUUGCGUCCCAUUCUAGAACUUCGUGCUCUCAGCAAGCACCUCAGUCUACAAACUCAGAUUGCUCACGAGCCGCCGGCUAUUACAGCGAUUGGCUGGUGGCGGCGGAGUCGAGGGGACAAGCAGUGCUACCUACCUACCUACCUACCUACCUGUCUGUAUUUAGUCUCUAGGGUUCAUAACAAACCACAAAAAGAGCUGUCUGACGCCAUCUCAGUGCAUUCCGUUUCUGGGUCUCCAGUUACACUCACUCAUGUAUCAUUAUUUUCUAUCACCACAGAGGGUGUUCUGGCUCUGCUUAGAAAAAGUUGUGCGUUUUUGCAGUGCUAUGGCCACUGUGGAUGAUGGCUUCUGUGAUGGAAGUCGUUCCCUGUGGGGCUAUUGUUGAUACGGCCCUUCCAGCGCUAAAUGCUAGCUACUCACUUGGAUGCAUCUCGCAGCCUAAGCCGAUCUCUUCGGGUGUCCUUGUCAGGCCUACAGGCCAUGGCCCAGUGGUGGGACCCUUUGCUAUUGUCAGGGGGCUCCCAUGGGCUGAGAUGUAACCCGCAAGUUGAUCACGACCGACGCAAGGUGGGAUGCGCUGUACAAAGGCAACUCGAUUCGAGGGUAUGGACACUGGUGCGAAGCGCACUACUGUUUUUGUUGGGCCGGCUUGUGCUGGUCAGAACCGACUCAGUGGUGGCGUGCAUCAACUGAUGGGCAGAGACUCUCUCUCUCGCUCUCCCUCCUAACCUUGGCUCACUCAAUUGCUUGGAUGCAGUGUGCACAUGCGUUGGGUGAUGCAUGUCCCCGGUUGCCUCAACUCUGGUGCAGAUCUUUUAUACAGGUGGGACCCUCUCUCAGGAUUGGAGGCUCUCCCAGGUAUGGGACAUUUUCAGCAAGGCCGAUGUAGGUCUUUAAGCAUCGCGAGGACACUGGCGCACCAAUGGCCUCGGAUCCUCCUUUAAAACGCUUCUGCCAGUGGUUCUGAUUCGGCCCACAUUGCAGUGGGUUCGCCAAGGGGGGCUUAACAUUGAUUCUUGUGGCUCCCCGUUAGCAGAGGCAGACUUGGUCGCACAGAGAAUUUGCCUUUUAGGCGGGGACCCGUAGAAACUCCCGUUGCGCAGGGACCUGUUGUCCCAGGCGCACUGGCAGGAUUGGUAAGCGAGGCCAGAGAUUUGGUUCCUAUAGGCCUGGCCCCUAAGAUGGCCAGUCUGAUAGCUAGAGGUUUACCUCCCGAAGGUUAUUGAUACCAUUUCCAUCUGCAAGGGCGCCCUCCACGAGAGGACUGUAUCCGUAUAAGUGGCAAGCAUUUGAACUCUGGUUCCAAGAUAAAGGACUUGUUCCUUUUCAGUGCUUUGUGAGGGAUAUCCUUAUGUUCCUACAUGAGCUUUUCAAGCAUUCUCCACUUUAAGUGUACAUGGCCGCUGUCUCAGCGUGUCAUGUGGAAAUUGAUGGAACACCACCGGGGACUCACUCCCUGGUGGUGCGGUUCCUGAAAGGUGUGCGUUGUCUCAGACCGGUCUCUCUAAACCUAUUGCGCCCACAUGGGACUUGGCGCUGGUUUUGGAGGCAUUGUGCGGCCCCCUUUGAGCCUCUGGAGUCGGUGGAUCUGACGAUCCUCUACAACAAAACCUACCUGCUCAUGGCUUUGGCCUCGGCUAAACGUAUUGGGAACCUCUGCGUAUUCCGUACACCCUUCCUGUACUCAGUUCACGGCAGGGUGUUCUCUAAGCAGCGUCUCUCCCACUGGAUUGUGGAGGAUGUAUCUCUGGCAUAUAGCAGCAAGAGGUAAGGGUUACCUAACGGUGUAUGUGUCCCACUCCACCAUGGGUCUGGCAGCGCCUUGGUCGUUGUUUAAAGGGUUGACUAUAGGAGAUACUUGUGCUGCAUCGAGUAGAGCAUCACCACACACUUUUGUGAGGUUUUAUCGCUUGGAUGUCACUACUUCCAGCAUAGCACAGUGUGCUUACAGCUGGGACAGGGGAAAGUCACUAGGCAGCUCACCAUAAUCACAAUACCCGCAUCUGGCAGGGUCAGGUCUGGGUGGUCUGCAUGGCCCGUUUUAAUUUAGUAUCCAUUGGGGUUGGCUUUGGGCGUGAUUAUAUUUCCCAAUAGUAUGUUUUACCGAAGUUGACUGACAAAUAAUCAUAAUGUUACAUUCUCUAACUACGGUUCCCUGAAGGAGGGAAACAAGGUACAACACCUGUUUUGGACCUGCACUGCCAGUUCCUGGGCUCUAUGAAGAGCGGUAUUUAAAUUAAAGGAAUUAAUCCAAGCCUCGCGCUUUUCACCUUUUGGAAGGUGGGACUUCCAGCGAGGCGCGGGUUUCAUUGUCCUUUUCAGGCGUGAUUGUAGAUCCUUUGACCUAAGUCGCGCGAGUGUGGCUCCCCAUAGUAUGUUUUACCGAAGUUGACUGACUGAAAGGGAACAGUAGUUAUAGUCACAGCGUUACGUUUUGAUCAGUCAUGGAAAUAAGUGCUGAAAACAAAUUGGCUCCCUAUUUAAAAAGAUGGAAAACAAGCUAUGAAGUAAAAGAAAGUACUGGAGUUUUGGUGCAGGUACAGUCAACUAGCGCCAAAAUCAUAUUGCAACAUUGUCCCCAUAUGUAACUAUCUAAACCUCUCCUUUGCUUUAUCUAUGUUGUGUCCAGGCUGUCCCAGAAGGGGACUGGUUCUGCCCUGAGUGCCGUCCCAAACGGCGAGCCAACCGCCUCACCUCCCGCCAACGCUCCUCUGUCGACUCUGAGGAAAUAGAGGAAGAGGAGGAGUCAGAGGAGGAAGUGGAAGAAGAAUCAGAGGAAGAGGAAUCAGAGGAGGAAGAGACUGAGGAAGAAGAGAAGAGGUGUGUUUUGAGCGUCACUAUACUUGUAAUUGUGUUGAUAGUAAAUGACCUUAAAAUAAAAACAACCCAACGUGUUUAUUCAAAUAUCUGAAGUUUCCCUCCCUCAAUUCCGUCUCCCUCUUCUCCUCUAGUGUCACUAAAAAGGGCCGGACUGCUGUGAAACCUCCUGUGCCUACUACCAAAGGCAGUCGGUCGAAUAGCCGGACCACCAGCAGCUCAAGUCAUUCCACUCCCCGGAGCCAGCAGACUACACCCAAACAGCCCCUCUCGGCCGGGAAGGGAGCCUCCGCCAAGUCCUCAGGGAAGAAGCCCACCCCAGUCUCCAACGGCAGACGCCCACCACGACCAGGCAGCAGAGUCAGCUCCCGGCUCAGUCAUGAGAUACUGGCCACCAGCGGUACCUCCAGCAGGACAAGCAGCCAGCCUACUCCAUCUCCCUCUCAGGCAGACUCCCGUAGAAGACCCAUCUCGGGUAAGACCAGUUCUGCAAAAUGUUUCUGUACAGAAGCGUUUAAUUAAUUUUCUCAUGUACAGUGCCUUCAAAGUAUUCAUAACCCUUGACUUAUUCCAUAUUCUGUUGUUUUAUAGCCUGAAUUCAACAUGGAUUUAAAUGUUGUUGUUUUUUUCUCUACCCUCUCUAAACAGAAUACCCCAAAAUGACUAAGUGAGAACAUGGUUUUUAGAAAUGUUUGCAAAUGUAUUUAAAAUGAAAGUGUUGUCAAUAGGGCUGUGCGAUAUGGCCUAAAAAAUCAUAUUAACAUUUGUAUUUAUUAAUGGCCGAUUCACAAUUAUUAUUUUUCUCUAAAUAAGCUUUGUUGUACAAUUAAAGGUAAAAUACACUGCAUUUCAAACAGUCAGAAUUAAUGCAAUGAAUACAGGGCUUGUGAAAUUAUACUUGGGAUUAAUAUGUAAGCCUUCAACAAUCAUAAGACCGACUAAUUAUUUUAUCAAAAUAGUUUAACCUGCUUUUUUGCAAUAAUCACUCAUCUGGCUUUCAAGUCUGUCUAUGAAAAUUCCCCUUUUGUUACAAAUUUUACCAGAACCAUGCAUAAUGCACAUUCACUUCUGGUAGCAGGCAUAAUAGAAAAUGAACACAGGUCUCAUAGACAAUGUCUUAAGAUCAAGCCCACGUGCUAGUGAGUAACCAGCUAAUCUUUAUAGGAAUCUUUAUUUAAAGUUUAGCCAACUUGAAUCUAUUUUCUAGCUAUUUACAGGUAAUUGUUAUGAACACACCCUUCUGUCAGUCUCCAACUAUUUGAAGAGCAUGCAAGCCUGUCCACUUUGUUCAGAUGUUGAAAUCAAGUGGCCUACCUUAUUUCUCAGAAUGAGAAAAAGUUGCCAAUUCCUUAUAUAAUUGUUGUAUGCUUAUUGCACAUUUUAUAAAACACAGCUAGUAUAACAGUCUUUGGCUAAAAUGCUGCUAGCGGUAUGUGGCGUGCCACAAACUGAGCAUUCAUUUUCCAGAAUCAAUGUUCAUUAAUACUCCUGUUUUGGUAGUCUGCUCUGUGUGGUAUUUGAGCAAUUGAGACAUAAAAAGGGUAUUGUUAAAAAGGUUAACUUCUCUAUUACUGUGUGUGUGUUUGGAAUACCGCGCAAAAACAUACAUUUCAAUUAAUUCAAAAAAUCGCCCAGCCCUAAUUCACACCCCUGAGUCAAUACAUGUUAGAAUCACCUUUGGCAGUGAUUACAGCUGUGAGUCUUUCUGGUUAAGUCUAAGCGCUUUGCACACCUAGAUUGUACAAUAUUUGCACAUUAUUCUUUUAAAAUUAUUCAACCUCUGUCAAGUUGGUUGUUGAUCAUUGCUAGACAGCCAUUUUCAUGGCGCCAUAGAUUUUAAAGUAGAUUUAAGUCAACUGUAACUAGGCCACUCGAACAUUUAACGUCAUCUUGGUAAGCAACUGUAGUGUAUAUUUGGCCUUGUAUUUUAGGUUAGUUCAUUUUUCAGAAGGACAAUAAUCUUCCAGUGUCUGGUGGAAAGCAGACUGAACCAGGUUUUCUGCGCUUAGCUCUAUUUCGUUUCUUUUAAUCCUAAAAAACUCCCUAAUCCUUGCUGAUGACAAACAUACCCAUAACAUAAUGCAUCCACCACUAUGCUUCAAAAUAUGAAGUGGUACUCAGUGAUGUGUUGGAUUUGCUCCAAGCAUAACACUUUGUAUUCACUUUGACAUUAAGUUAAUUUUUUGGCCACAUUUUUUGCAGUUUUCCUUUAGUGCCUUAUUGCAAACAGGAUGCAUGUUUUGGAAUAUUUGUAUUCUGUGUAGGCUUCCUUUUCACUCUGUCAAUUAGGUUAGUAUUGUGGAGUAACUACAAUGUUGUUGAUCCAUCCUCAGUUUUCUCCUAUCACAGCCAUCAAACUCUGUAACUGUUUUAACAUCACCACUGGCCUCAUGGUGAUAUCCCUGAGCGGUUUCCUUCCUCUCCGGCAAUGGAGUUAGGAAGGACGCCUGUAUCUUUGUAGUGACUGGGUGUAUUAAUGCACCAUCCAAAGUGUAAUUAAUGAUUUCACCAUGCUCAAAGGGAUAUUCAAUGUCUGCUUUUUUUUUUUACCAAUCUACCAAUGGGUGUCCUUUGCGAGGCAUUGGAAAACCUCCCUGGCCUUUGGUUGAAUCUGUUUGAAAUUCACGUUUCGACUGAGGGACCUUACAGAUAAUUGUAUGUGUGGGGUACAGAGAUGAAGUAGUCAUUCAACACUAUUAUUGCAUACAGUGAGUCCAUGCAAUUUAUAAUGUGACUUGUUAAGCACAUUUUCACUCCAGAACUUAUUUAUGCUUGCCAUAACAAAGGGGUUGAAUACUUACCGACUCAAGACAUUUCAGCUUUUCAUUUUUUAUGAAUUUGUAAAUAUAUCUAAACAUAAUUCCACUUUGACAUUAUGGGAUAUUGUGUGUAAGCCAGUGACACACAAUCUCAAUUUAAUCCAUUUAAGAUUCAGGCUGUAACACAACAAAAUGUGGAAAAAGUUAAGCGGUGUGAAUACUUUCUGAAGGCACUGUAGCACUUAAGGGGUGUCUAAAUUACACAACUUUCUUCUAGUUGAGUAAUUUUUGGCCUUCUCACACAGUGCACAUCUUUUGAUAUUCACAAUCGUCUGCAUCUUCUCUGUUUCUCCAGCAGAGGUCUCCCCCAAGCCCAAGCUGGUCCUGACUCCCUCUGUCUCAGGUUCUUUGACCAAUCGCCGCAGCUCAGGGAGGAACCUGGGAGUCCAUGAACUGUCUGCCUGCGAGCAGCUGACCGUAGAGCUAGUCAGACAUGAAGACAGCUGGCCCUUCAUGAAACUGGUGUCCAGGAUACAGGUAAUACAUUCAUUUUAAAGGUAGAUUUCUAUCUGUUCCAGCCUGGCACACAGAGCAACCCAUACACGCAUGCAUUUAAAGACACACAGCAUACACAAAGGCAGCGUUCCUAUGAAUACACUUUUUCCUAUAACUAGCUACCUCACUAGGGACACCUACUCACUAGUGACGUCUAACUCAGGGGUUCCCAAUCUUUUUUCCCAGGGACCCCAUUUUUUCACAUUUUGUCAUUUCUUGUUUUAAGCUAAUUUCCUACAAUUCUAUGUAGUUUAACAAGAAUCAUGACAUUUUAUAGUUAGGCUAUUUAAUGAUAAUGGAUAAGGAAAAUAAAUCUAGAUUCCAUUUCCCCAAAUUUUAUUCCGCUACCAAAUGUAUUAUAAUUUAUAUGAACCCUCAAUUUAAUUAUACAUAUUCUCUUUUACUAAAAAUGAAUAGAUCAAUUAAUGGCGAGAGUCACACAUUGUAUAAAAUUACUUCCCAGGCAAAGUACAAUUUCUUAGAUUCCUCGACUUUAGGUCGUAGCUCAGCUUCUGAAUGUCAGAGAUAAAUCAAAGAUAUCCCCAUAUGCGUCGGUUGCGUCUUCUGGCAUUUUAACGCAUGUUUCUAUUUAUGCGUCGUUAUAAAUCCAUAGAUACAAUCGCAACAAACAAAAAAAACUCAAAUCAAGGAAGGUCCUGGUUGUUGGGUCAAUUAGACCAUGCUCAUCUAUCUAAAACAUUGAAUUAUUUCACAAUAUUUUGGUAAGUUAGCUGGCUAAGUCAUUGAUCUUACUUUGUAGUAGGUGUUGGAACCAAAUUUAAUUUCCAGUCGUUUCGUUCUGAACAGAGCAUUAUUUUUUUUCGUUCUGUUACACUUUUCCGACCAGCAAAAUAUACAGUUGAAGUCGAAAGUUUACAUACACUUAGGUUGGAGUCAUUAAAACUCGUUUUUCAACCACUCCACAAAUUUCAUGUUAACAAACUAUAGUUUUGGCAAGUCGGUUAGGACAUCUACUUUGUGCAUGACACAAGUAAUUUUCCCAACAAUUGUUUACAGACAGAUUAUUUCACUUAUAAUUCACUGUAUCACAAUUCCGUUGACUAUGCCUUUAAACAGCUUGGAAAAUUCCAGUAAAUUAUGUCAUGGCUUUAGAAGCUUCUGAUAGGCUAAUUGACAUCAUUUGAGUCAAUUGGCGGUGUACCUGUGGAUGUAUUUCAAGGCCUACCUUCAAACUCAAUGCCUCUUUGCUUGACAUCAUGGGAAAAUCAAAAGAAAUCAGCCAAGACCUCAGAAAAAAAAAUUGUAGACCUCCAAGUCUGGUUCAUCCUUGGGAGCAAUUUCCAAACGCCUGAAGGUACUACGUUCAUCUGUACAAACAAUAGUACGCAAGUAUAAACACCAUGGGACCACGCAGCCGUCAUUCCGCUUAGGAAGGAGACGCGUUCUGUCUUCUAGAGAUGAACGUACUUUGGUGCGAAAAGUGCAUAUCAAUCCCAGAACAACAGCAAAGGACCUUGUGAAGAUGCUGGAGGAAACAGGUACAAAAGUAUCUAUAUCCACAGUAAAACAAGUCCUAUAUCGACAUAACCUGAAAGGCCGCUCAGCAAGGAAGAAGCCACUGCUCCAAAACCGCCAUAAAAAAGCCAGACUACGGUUUGCAACUGCACAUAGAAAUGUCCUCUGGUCUGAUGAAACAAAAAUAGAACUGUUUUGGCCAUAAUGACCAUCAUUAUGUUUGGAGGAAAAAGGGGGAUUCUUGCAAGCCGAAGAACACCAUCCCAACCGUGAAGCACAGGGGUGGCAGCAUCAUGCUGUGGGGGUGCUUUGCUGCAGGAGGGACUGGUGCACUUCACAAAAUAGAUGGCAUCAUGAGGAAGGAAAAUUAUGUGGAUAUAUUGAAGCAACAUCUCAAGACAUCAGUCAGGAAGUUCAAGCUUGGUCGCAAAUGGGUCUUCCAAAUGGACAAUGACCCCAAGCAUACUUCCAUACUUCUUAUUGUUAUGACAUGUAUUAUCUGAAUUAGCCCCAUAGAAUUAUACCUACGGAGGACCGGCUUCUAUUAAGGAACUUUUAAUGUCUUCAGAGUUGGUUUAAUGUUGGACCAAAACUAGCUAGCUAACAAGCUUGUGUGUGCAGAGCUGCAAUAUAUCACCAUUUUGGGCAACCCGGUUUUCUACACCAGGUUCAAACAGUUGAAAAUAUAAUAUUUUUGGUUAUGGAAAAUAUAUUUCACAGCGGUUUAGAUUCUCUACACUAUACUUGCUUGUUUUGUCAUAAACUGGAAUUAGAAUUUUAGCAACCGGGAAAUGGCGGGGUGAUUUCUACAUAGUACACCUGUCUUACCAUUUUGUAGUUAAUAAAUCUUAUGUGAAACGUGAUGACACUAGUAUCCUUAACUAGCAUUGAAAAAGUUAAUCCAUUGUUCUUUAAUUAAAAAUCUCUCCUUAAUUUCUGAAUCACGUUUGUAACGUCAGUAGUAGGCUAGUAGACUAUGCUUCGGGAGGGGCAGGUAGCCUACGCACGCACACACAGUGGCAAAGAUUUUCCACUGGCAGGCAGACUGGAAUAAGAGUGAGGGCUUUGCUUAGGCGCUUUGUUGCGUUUUUAUGUGCGACUGGGAAAAAAAUGCCCGGAAUGUAAAAGAACGUUAUUAACCGGUUCCCAUGCUUUUUAAAUAACAGUUAUUUUCCGGAAUAGUAUAGAUCACUUUCGUUCCUGGUAUUGAUUCUGUUCCUCUAAAAAGUAUUUUUUGUUUCUGUUCCCUGAACUGGUUCCAACCCCUGCUUUGUAGUAUACCCUAGUGAUGCGUGGGUUGACUCAUAAACCUCAGUCCCCGCGGUUAUAUCUGCGGGGUGGGCGGGUUUACGGUCAUGAAAUAUUGUGUGGAUGAAGGGCAGGCGGGUUGAAUAAAGAGAAAAUAAUGCAGUUCAUAUCUAUUGUGCAGUUUAUCUAUAGGCUACAUUAAGGUUUUUCUUUUGUUUUCAUCUGGCGUUGGUGCCUAAGCUUUAGGGCCUAACUGUACGGGCAGCAAAUACAUGCCAAUCUCCAAAUGCUUUUGGGCACUUGGGCAGAAAAAGUUAACGUUGAUCCACUGAGGCAAAAAGGGAAGGAACUACAGCGCAUUUUCGAUAUUUGCGGGUCUGGUGCGGGCCUCAGAUUCACUCGAUCACAUAGUCGAGCGGUUGCGGACGGUUUAUUAAUUGUGGGUGGGUGUGGGUGAACAAACAGCUGACCCUUGCAUCACUAGUAUACCCCUCUGAUUUGUCUGUCCUCACUUCUGCAGGUUCCAGACUACUUCGACAUUAUCAAAAGGCCCAUAGCUCUGAGCACUAUCAGAGAAAAGGUCAACAACUGUGAAUAUAAAACAGCCAGUAAGUUGAUGUUUUACUUUUACCUAAACCAACACAAAAGCUUGAACCAUCUCCUUGUUUACUGUAUAUUGGAUUGCAUUUUUUUUAUCAACCUGCAAAACAAGUUGUUUUAUGCUGUCAUGGUUCUGCACACCAGCAGAUUUUAAAUGAUUUCUGAUAGAUAAUAUUUUUCCCCCUCCUAUCUCACAGCGGAGUACAUUGAGGACGUGGAGCUCAUGUUCGCCAACUGUUUACAAUACAACCCUCGGCACACGAAUGAAGCUAAAGCAGGAGCAAGGCUCAAAGCCUUCUUCAACUCGGAAGUCUCUAAUCUGGGGCUGGCAGACUGGACCACUCCUCCACAGAAGCGGUCCCGGAUGUAAAGCUGUCUGACUGAAACUACUGGGUCGUAUUCAUUAGUGCACACCGUUGCAAGCGUUUUGCGACAAAAACAAGAGUUUGUUAUUGGACACUUUUUCACCUUUUAUUUUAUCAGGGAGUCAUGCUGAGACCAAUGUUUAUUUUACAGAUGAGCCCUGAAUUACAGAAAAUACAUACAUCAAUAUAAAUACAAAAUGCAAGUAGAAAGAAAAACAUGGUCAUAAUUCAGGUAGUCCCUCCGUUUCGCUCUGUUUUCUUCCAUUUGGUUUCUAUUGAAUAUGACAAUGCAUUGUAAAGUUUGAAGUCUGAACAUUCCCAAACCGUUUUGAAAUUGUAAAUAUCAUACCCUCAAAAUAAGGCAGGAACAACUAUAUCGCUGUGAAAGUAUUUGCACUGAAAUUUGAAAACAAGUCCUUUCUAUUCUAUUCACUCAGGGUAAACAAAUUGUGGUGUGAAACGAGGUUUUAACAGUGCAUUUAUAUUUUGUAUCUUGGCAGCAUUUCUAGACUACUAUUUUUGUGCACAUACUUUUUUUUUUUAUGUGACUACUUUAGUUGAUUUGGGUGAAUAAAGUAUUGAGACCUAAUAUGAACAGUUUAAUUUUAGCAUUUCACAAUACUGAAAAUAUUUUACAUCAACUGUUUCAGGUUCCCUUCUUUCAGUGAAACACUACACUGGAACCCAAUAUCAUUUAUUAUUAUUUCAUAUUUCCCUUAUUUUCUAUCAUUCAUUGGUUAUUUAUUUAGUUUUGAAUGCAAUAACUAUUUAUAAUAUUUCUAUAGAACAUGUUUUUGUGAAGAAUUAUUUGCGUAGUUUUGAGUUCAGUCUUUAGAAACUGUUUGGGAUAGGGUUUAAAUACUGAGUGUUGUCCCCCUAACUGUCAACUCUGCUUUGUAUUUGCUAUGGUGUACAUUUUUCUAUAUAUAAAAAUACAUUGACUUUGUUUAAUAUUUCUUGGUCAUCUCUCCCUUUUUGUUGCCAAUGUCUUCUAAAUAAUUGUGAAGUGUCUUAAUGUUUUUAGGAUAGGUGUACAUUUUUUGUAGGGUUAGAAAAAUAACUUGUAACGCUGCCUGCCUGGGUUAGCCAGAGUUGAGUGGAAGUCCGCAAGUCCUUGCUUAGCUUCAUUGUCAUCAGUAUGUCACAGGACAAAUUCCUCCUAUCCCAUUCCUGAUCCCGCCCGCCUGAAGUCCAGUGGCUCAUACUCGCUCGCCCCUUACCACCACCUUCUCGCUUGCUCUGUCCAACAGACCCGGUCGUUCAAACAUUACCAUAUCUAUUUACCCCAAAAGAUUUAACCACAUAAUAGCAAAUCGCACAGGACCGACGAUCGGACAACAUGGUAAGAUGCUUUACUUUUAUAGCUAGACGUUUGGUAGUUUCUAGUUCAGUGCAGAUGUAACUUUUUGUAACUUUGUUGCACUGGGCUGUAUUCGAGAAACGUUGCUUGCAUACCAAUGUUUGAUUGCUGGUUACAGUUGAGUUGGACAUUCCAUAGUGGUUAGCUGUAGCUACGAUGUUUGUUUCAUGUUAAAUAAUAUACCGUGAUUUAAUUUCUAAAAUCUGUUCCAGGUUAGGAUUGCUACAGGGCCUGCAGCCUAAGGCGGCCAUUUUAACCUAAUUAUAGCGCAGUCCUCUAUCUAACGGUAAUUGCUCUACUGCCAGUUAGCUAAACUUUCAGAUCAUGAAGCCAAGUUGGCUUGCUAGCUAACGUUAAUACCAUUCCUGCUGGCAAUCUCGUUUUCUACACUAUAUGCUACUGUACCUAGCUGGUUAUAGAUGAUAAACAAAAUGAUUGGGACUAGAUUCCUUGAAAUGGUCUUGCAGGUCUCCUGUCCUGUUUGAUUGCACUCGAGUCAGGCUAAUAAUGCGCCCAUGCGGAUUUCCACGCUUUUGUUCCCAUACUAGCUAGUUUACUGCAGUGGGCCUUGACACAUGCAAAUGUUGCUAGACAUGCAAAAGGUUACUGGACACAGUGCUAGCUAGUUUCUGGUCUCAUUCACUGACAAAGUUGCUAGUGUAGUGGUCAGCGAGUCUCGUGCACUUUUGUGAUAAGAGGGUUGUUAGCCAGUAACGUUACACCACAGUGUUGGAAUGUCCUAUUGCCACGGAUUGGUUUUCUGGUCGGAUUGUCAUCUUCAAUAGAGAUGGAACACUUUGGGCAGCUGACAUAGCCUAUGUGGCAUGCAAAAUGACUCAGCAGGUGUGCUGGUAGGUAGUGUCCGAGUGGAAGUGUUGAUUCAUUGUAAAUGAGUGGCAAAGGAAAGGAAGGCUAUGAUCAAUGCUGCAGUCACUUGUUAUUCUGUCUGCGUGACUCGUAUUGGUAGCUAAUGCUAUAGCUACAUACUAUAUGUGUAAAGGUUUGUUUUUUAAAUACCUUCUCAUAGAGACCUCAGGUAAAGCAUUUCCUAUCCCAAUGCUCUUUAGCUAUGGGUCUAGAUUCAAUGUCCACAUAAUAAAGAGGACAUGAUAAUACCUGCAGUGUCUUAGCAGCAUUGUGCCCUGUGUUUACUAGCUAUUGAACAGGGUACAACCAUAUUGAAGGCUGCCAUGUCAUUCCCCCCCCCCUUUCCGCAGGCCUCUGGUGUCACUGUCAACGAUGAAGUCAUCAAGGUCUUCAAUGACAUGAAAGUGAGGAAGUCAUCCUCUACCGAAGAUGUCAAAAAGCGUAAAAAGGCUGUGCUGUUUUGCCUCAGUGAUGACAAGAAGAAGAUCGUUGUAGAGGAGGGCAAGUGGAUUCUGGUUGGUGACAUUGGGGAGUCGGUGGACGACCCAUACGCCUGCUUUGUAAAGCUUCUACCUCUCAACGACUGCAGAUACGGCUUAUACGAUGCCACAUACGAAACAAAAGAAUCCAAGAAAGAAGACCUGGUAUUUAUAUUUUGGUACGUUUGAGUAUUGUAAGCUAUGGAGGACCAUAGCUUGGUGGUCCCAGGUAUAAAAAAGUUUGAGAAACACUGUCUUCGACUUUGGGUAAAAUAGCUGCUGCUUUCAUUUGUUUGGUAUGGAUUACAAUGGAGAAGGACGUUAUUAGUCUUAUUAAACUGUUUCCCUCCUUAUUCCAGGGCACCUGAGGGUGCUCCCUUGAAAAGCAAGAUGAUCUACGCUAGCUCUAAAGAUGCAAUUAAAAAGAAGUUCACAGGUGAGUGACAAUUGUUAUAUCAAACUGCUAUUCCUGUAUGUUUGACCUGAUAUUGUAUGAUCUUGUUGUUCAGUCAUUUGUUCAGGUGAAUUUGCAUACUUCUCGACAACUAUCUUGUUAAAACUAUUUUGUCUUUUUUACUGACAUAAGUUAUUUUCUUUCCCUAUGUUCUAUAAAAGUUUCAUGACAUUAGGCUUUAGCUAUUGAAGUUAUUCAAAACACCAUUCAAUUUGAACCCCAUAGAAAGUUUAGAAAAUGUGUGGUGUCAAACAAAAUUCCCCCAGACACCACUGCAAUUAUUGAAAGGGCCUUGUUAGUAUUCAACACAACAGUAUAAAAUAGAUGAAAAUCAGCUCUAUACAUCCCUUUUUUUCAGGUAUCAAACACGAAUGGCAAGUCAACGGAUUAGACGACAUCCAGGACCGCGCCACUCUGGCAGACAAGUUGGGAGGCAACGUGGUGGUAUCACUCGAAGGGUUACCAUUGUAAACUGAGAAUAAUACGUGCCAUCUGGAUUCCAGACGCUUUCACCUUAGCAGCUGUGUCUAUAUCAUUUGAUCCUAAAGGAAUAGCUUUAGGCUUUUUUUUUUUUUCAGUUUUGAUUUUUUUUUCACAUGAAGGAGAUCUCAUUAACAUAUGCAAAAGCGUACAAGUUAUUUUGCCAGCUGACUUCUUCAAAAAGAUCCUGGUAUUUUUUAUUUUUUUCCUUCAAGGAAUGUUCACAUCAGGUGUUUUGCCAAACAAAUAUGUACAGCAGCACCACACUACCUGAGAUUAAUAACACUCCCACAACAAAAAGUUUAGCACUGUUUUUGCAUUCUUUGCCACCUAAACAGUGAUGACUAGAUGCUCAGUAGCGUAGGAAAAUGUGAACGCUUUCUAUAAUGCCUUGACAGUCAUAUUCACUGCCCAGGUUACAGCUAAAAGCAAGUAUUUUGGACUAAUGAGGUUUUUCAUAUGACUGACUUAUUUAUUUGAACUGUUCUAUCGUAUCCAAUAUGUUAUUCGACAUGGCAAAACACGUAAUAAGACUAUGCAUAUACAAAGCACUUUUUUGUUUAUAAACUACAAGUUGAGAAAAAAGUUUAGAAUAACUAUAAAGAAUAUCUGUAUUUAUGUCAACUAGAGAUGUUACCUCAGUUUUCAUUCCUGUUAUGCAUAUGGGCAAGAACAGAUGAGUAUUUGACUGUUCAAUUGCCGCCUUACUUUCAUUUGAAUGUACAGUACACCACCGUAAAAAGGAGGGGUGGUGGUUGCAGUUUUUUUUAACGCUAAACAAAAUAAUUCAAACGUAUCAGUAAAGAUGGCAAUAUAUGUGCAUUUGGAGCAUUAAGUGGAACAUUGUUUUUGAGAUCGGCCGAGGAGGUUGCCACUUUGCAAUAAAAUCUUGUGGCAGAUAAUAGAAAGAAGUGUUGUUUGUCUGAGUGUAUCUGUUCAUCAGGAGGGCUGGGAAGCCAUAAAGAGAUGCAUUAAUGAUCUCCUCUAACAGGAAAUAGAAAGAUCUGGUCUAUAUGCUAUGUUUUGCUAUGUUGCCUUGGUUAGUGUUUUUUUCCAUUAAAGCGGGUGCAGUGAGUAAGUGAUAAUCUUCUGGGCUCUGUUCAGAAGGGCAGCUACAACUUAACGGAACAUUCUGGUAUAAAUAUAUUGUGUAGAAUAGAUGGUGUUCUAUGUUGUGUAGAAUAGGGAAUAAUUUCAGCUCUAUACAUUGUAUUU